AUGCCUGGCGGAUACAAAGGAGAAUGCGGGGAUGAUGUGGAUCCUAUGCCAUUUCUGGCUCCUAGCGAGAAAGAGAGGAUCGAGGCCAUAAGCAAACCAUACGAUAUCAAGAAGUCUGUCUGGGUCAAGGAUGAAAAGGAGGGAUUUGUCGCUGGAGAGAUCCAGUCCGAGACGGAUACCCAAGUCACUGUGAAGACGGUGACCAAUCAGGUGACUUGGUGGGACAGGAGGGAUGAUUUCUGGGUCUUGCAAAGUCUUUGAUCUGCUCCUUAGCCGGAAUGAACACCUGGCAAUGCUUUUGGAACUGGAGAAGGAACAUCAGCUGUAGGGAAGUGAUGGGGUGGCUGGGCAGAUAAGGAGAUGCAACCCCUUUUUGCAUGAAGAAGUUGGUUAUUUAUGUAAAAAAACACACACAACAACCACAACCAAGACUUUGGGGUUCUGAAUGCCAUCCAUUAAAAGCGUAUGGCUCCCCCCAGAAUCCUGUAGUUUGUGAAAGGUGCUAGGAAUUGAGCUCUAUAAGGGACAAACUACAGUUUCCAGGGCUGGAUGCAUCAAAGAAGCUAUUAAGCUAAAUGCAUUGUAAACGUCAUACAGGGAAAUCCUGUUGGUGAAAAACAGGACUCCACAGCGCCAUCUGGUGCCACAGUGUAUAAAACGCUUUAUCUUUAAAAAUGUAGCUGAGUCCCAGGAUUCUUUGGGGGAAGCCAAGUGCUUUAAGUGUAUGGUGCGACCACAGCCUGGUAGCCGAUCCAUACUGUUGUUUAAGGUGGAAUGUAAGCUUCCUGUCCCUGCACUAAUUCGCCUCCAAAUCGCUGCCUGCCCUUCUCCUUCAGUCCGGAUUUUCUCAUGCCCUCACCUUUUCGAAGUAAAAGUAAAGGACCCCUGGACGUUUCGAAGUACAGUGGUACCUCGGGUUACAGACACUUCAGGUUACAGACACUUCAGGUUACAGACUCCGCUAACCUAGAAAUAUUACCUUGGGUUAAGAACGUUACCUCAGGAUGAGAACAGAAAUCGUGCUCCGGCGGCACGGCAGCAGCAGGAAGCCCCAUUAGCUAAAGUGGUGCUUCAGGUUAAGAACAGUUUCAGGUUAAGUACGGACCUCCGGAACGAAUUAAGUACUUAACCCGAGGUACCACUGUACUAUAUCCCUGGCCCGUGAAAAUCUGGAAGUGGAAAGAGAGGCAUUGGUUUGGAGGAGAAUGUCAUAUGGACAGCAGAAAAUGAAUGGAGGUACAUGAAGCCGAUUGUCCAUGCUAAACAACAGUAUGGAUGAGCCUGGAAUUGCAACUCAGUCAGGAGUGUCGAAAGCAAAGGAUUAGAUUAUGAGCUCCUGAUUUCUAUGGGGCCAAUUUUGUUAGGAUGCCUUCAAAACCAGUUUGCAAUAUUUUGGGUCUUACUUGAGAGAGUUUUUCUAACUGAUUGAUUGAUUUUAUUCCCUGAUGGUGGAUUUUUCUGCUGUGUUCGCUCGAUGGCUUAACUAUCACUGUACAGUGGUACCUCUGGUUACGAAUGCUUCUGGUUACGAGCGCCGCUAACCUGGAAGUAGCUGCUCCUGGUUGUGAACUUUGCCUCAGGAUGUGAACGGAAAUCGUGCGCCGGAGGCGCAUGCGCAGCGGGAAACCCCAUUAGCGAAAGUGCGCCUCAGUAGGAGAACGGUUUCAACUUAAGAACGGACCUCCAGAACAAAUUAAGUUUGUAACCAGAGGUACCACUGUACAUUCACAUUUCCACCAUUGAUUUAAGGCCCUGCAGAAAGGGCGUGUAAAUACCGUUAAGUAAAGGAACAUAUACAUCACCAUGUUUCGGAAAUUUUGGGUGCUGUGCCUCAAGAUUUUCACUAAACCGUGACUUCUCUACCCACAGACGGUCACCGUUAAGAAGGAUGAUGUCCAGCAGAUGAACCCACCCAAAUUCUACCAGGUCAAUGACAUGGCCAACAUGACCUUCCUGAACGAAGCCAGUGUCUUAGACAACCUGCGCCAGCGUUAUGUCCUGAUGAGGAUCUAUGUAAGUGAGAAGAUGGGUGAGGGCAUCUGAGACAAGCAGGUGCUGCAGGCAGUAGACUAGAGAGUCAGGUAGCUCCUAGGGCAGGGGUCUGCAACCCGCGGCUCCGGAGCCACAUGUGGCUCUUUUACACCUUUGCCGCGGCUCCGGGGCGGAUACUAGCGAGGGGAGGAGGCGCAUUGUGCGCCCCGACACUCCCCACUGUGGCGGAUGCUGUACUGGCUGUGACGUCACAUGGGGGCGGUGCGUGCGUUAGUCACGCACUGUCCCGACGUCACCUUCCCGCCUGCCCGCCCGCUACAUUGUAAGGGGCAUGUACGCUGGUCACUGCAUUGAAAGGGGGCAUGUACGCUGGUCUCUGUUUUGAAGGGGAGUGAAGAACACACACACACACAAAAGUAACUUGUUAAUUUAACGUUUAUUUCUAUGAGGAGGAGUAAUUCUGAGGGGUCAAACAAAGAAAUAAUAAAAAAGUGACAAAAAAGUUAUUUUUAUAAUGAUGAGUUUUGCGGCUCCCAGUUUUUUUUUCUUCGGAAACGGGUCCAAGUGGCUCUUUUUGUCUUAAAGGUUGCAGACCCCUGUCCUAGGGCAAGAUUUGGAAGUCAAGCUGCAUGAGGUACUUUUAACGGAGGAAUCCGAGGGCUCCCUUGGGCAAAAAAACAAAAACACCAACCAGGACAAUUUGGAGCAAAACAGCAGCCUGUAGGCUUGGCCUUUAUUGGAAACUGUCGCAACAGCACCCCCACCCACAACAAGAUGAAGCAAAAUGGAAGCCCAGAACAAAAGAAGACCCCAGCUUUUAUUAGUUACUAAUCCCCCAAACUACACCCCUAAGACUACAUCACAACAAUGUCACAACUACAUCACAAAAAGGAGGGGUUGAGGGAGUUGUGGAGGUAACCUGAGUAUCUUGUCACCUGGCUGGUUCCUCCUUUCCCCCUUCCCCAUGAGUACUUUCCAGGUGACAAAGGAGAGUUUGCAGUUUCCUGCCCCCAGAGGGAAGAGCUGAUCAUUGUCCUUUGUUCCAGUCCAUGCUGAAUCCACUCCUAUAUGCAAGUUCUUUGUGACCUUGAUGGUCUUCUGUCUAGGACCAUCAGGGUUGGCAUAGCAACUGGGCAGGACCUCCUGUGUAUAUGCUGGUAUGCUCAAGGGAUUAUGGCUGCCCUGUAUCAAACCUUCCCCAUUUUGUAGUCCUUCCUUCAUGGAGUAAAAUAAAAGUGGAACAGUGCAGAUCCGAUGUAUGGUUGAUUUUCUAUGAAUUUAUAACAGAAGCAGAGCGUAUGUAGUGUGUGAGUGUGUGUGUCAAGUUUGUACAAACUGAAUGAUUGGGGGGGCGGGUUUCCUGUGACAGUAAGAAAGAUGUGUUGGCCCUCACCUUGGAUAAAACAAAUAGAAGAUUGAAGACAGAGAGCGACAACACAAGAAUGGGCCUUUUCUGAGGUGGCUUCUCGACUGUGGAAUACUCUCCCCAGAGAGGCUCGCCUGGCGCCAUCACUACAUGUCUUUAGGCGCCAGGCAAAAACAUUCCUCUUUACUGAGGCCUUUAGCCAUUACGUAAUCCAUUACCUGUUAAAUGUGUGGGGACUGUUAUUAUGUUUAUUUUAUUAUUAUGCUGCGUAUUAUGUUUAUUAUUAUUAUUAUGCUGCUGUGUAAGUUAUGUUCUUAAUGUUGUGCACUGCCCUAAGAUCUUUUGAUAAAGGGCAGGAUAUAAAUUGAAAUUGAUGGAAUAGGCGCAGCUUGCAGAUUUAGCAUAUAGAAGAAGAGAUCAAGUAGAACGUACGUUUAAAGAAGACUGGAAAAGGUUUACUGAAUAUAUGGGUGAAAAUUGUGUUCGUUUAAAAAACGCUAGUAGCAUUAAGAUAAAUUCAACAGUGUAAAUAAGUUUUGAUGGAUGUAACAAUGGAUUACUGAAUGGUUUAGUUCAUGUAAAAUAUGCAGGGAUGUGUGGUAUGCAAAACAAAUCACGGAAAGAGAAGAAGGGAAGUCAUUGAUUUAUGUUGAAACAGCAAUAAUAAUAAUAAUAAUAAUUUAUUUAUACCCAACCCAUCUACUCUGGGCGGCUUCCAACAAAAUAUUAAAAUACAAUCGCUGUUUUGUGUUCUUUCCAGACCUACUCUGGCCUCUUCUGUGUCACCAUCAACCCUUAUAAGUGGCUGCCCAUCUACGGAUCCCGAGUGGCCCAGAUGUAUAAGGGCAGGAAGCGCACAGAGAUGCCACCUCACCUCUUCUCCAUCUCUGACAAUGCCUACCAUGACAUGCUCAUGGGUGAGUACAGAGAAGGACCUCCAGCCUCCCUGGUACCUCUGCUCACAAGCUCAGAGGCAGAUCACAUCCACUGCAGGCAAAAUGUCCCGGGUUCUUCCUUCUGUUAGAGCUGGGAAGGACCUUUAGAGAGCAGCGGCCAGUCAGUGUAGACAACGCUGAACUAGAUAGGCUGAUGGUCUCACUCAGCAUAAGGUAGCUUCCUAUGUUCCAGCACUGGUCCAAGAUAUUGUCCUAGCUGAGCUGACCAGCCGUGAAACCACUAGGACCUCCUUGCACCCCUCCAUUGCUUUGGGGAACUGUGGUCACAUGGCACAUCUCUGCAGAGUUGCAUACACAGUGACCUCAAGCAGACAAAGCUCAGUGGUAGAGGAUGUGUAUGGCAUGCAGGAAGUCCCAGUCUCAAAUCCUGGCAUCUCCAGGUAGGACUAGGAAAGGCUUCAUGCCUGAAAUAUUGGAGAGCCAUUGCCAAGAUGGUCAUUGUAGACUUUCCCAAACUUGGGUCUCCAGUUGUUGUUGGACUACAACUCCCAUCAUCCCUAGCUAGCAGGACCAAUGGUCGGGGAUGAUGGGAACUGUAGUCCAAAAACAACAACAACAGCUGGAGACCCAAGUUCGAGAAAUCUUGACACUGUAGACAAUACUGAGCUCAAUGGAACAAUGGUUUGACUCAGUCUAGGGCAGCUUCCGGUGUUCCUGUAGACGAGGGAGACUGUAGGUCAACCUUCCACAACAUGGGGGUGCCCGGAUGUGUUGAACUUCAACUUCCAUCAGCCACAGUUGGCAUGGUCAAUGGUAGGGGAUGAUGGGAAUUGUAGUCCAGCAACAUCCAGAUGGGACGCGGGUGGCGCUGUGGGUUAAACCACAGAGCCUGGGACUUGACGAUCAGAAGGUCGGUGGUUCGAAUCCCCGCAACGGGGUGAGCUCCCGUCGCUCGGUCCCUGCUCCUGCCAACCUAGCAGUUUGAAAGCACGUCAAAGUGCAAGUAGAUAAAUAGGUACCGCUACGGCGGGAAGGUAAAUGGUGUUUCCAUCUGCUGCUCUGGUUCACUAGAAGCGGCUUAGUCAUGCUGGCCACAUGACCCGGAAGCUGUACGCCAGCUCCCUCGGCCAAUAAAGCAAGAUGAGCGCCGCAGCUCCAGAGUCAGCCACGACUGGACCUAAUGGUCAGGGGUCCCUUUACCUUUACCUAACAUCCAGAGGGCACCAGUUUGGGGAAAGGUCUGCUGCAGAGGUUGACCCAAUACAAUUUGCUUUCUGAGGGAAAGAUGGUACUCGCCCUCAUUCCAUGGAACCACCAGAUGAAUCUUGCUUCAGGAUAGUGGCAAGUGGGAUUGUGUCCUCCUGCCCUCUUCAAAAAAUCCAAAUGUCAAAAUUUGUGGGAAGACAGGAAACAAUCAAGCUGGAGUGACUGUAGAGCUGUAAUUCAGCCCCAUAGCACUUUUAAGACCCACUUGGCAUGAUGUGUUCUUCUUCUUCCUCCCACAGAGCGUGAAAACCAGUCUAUGCUGAUCACGUAAGUGUAUACAUUUAUUAAUUAUUUUAUUUUAUUUUUUAUUAUUGCUGCUUAAAAUAUUUAUAAGCCACCUUGGGUUUAAAAUCUGCAAGGCUGCUUACACAGAGUACGAAAAAGGAAGUACGAAAAAGGAAGCGACAUUAAUGCACUGGACUCAGCUAGCCUGGUAAAGAAAAAGUGAUUUAUAUGUACUGUAUAUGCGAUAUAACAUUGUGCCACCAGAAGGCGAUGUGGAGUCCCGUUUUUUUCAGCCUGUUUUCCCUGUUUUAAAUUUGCAGCGCUUUAAACUGAAGCGCUUCUUUGAUCUUAAAAUAACCCUGAAUUAAUAAAAAGGAUGCAGCUAGAAUUUCAACCAGACAAGGAUUAAAUGUAAGGUAUAGGUUGUGUUUAGAAUAGAUUUAUGAAACAUUUAGAAAACUUAUUGAUUAGAAUAUUUGCGUGAGAUUGUAUGGGAAAAAUACGGAAUAACAGAUAAAUAAAUAAUCUUACUUAAAUAUAGGAAGUGUGGUGUAAGCAAUGGAAGUCAAUCAAUGAAAUUUUAUUAUUAUUUUCAUAUUGAGAUAUUUGUAGAAUAAACUUGGAAGAAAUUCUUCCAACUUUUCUUCUUCUUUUUUCCCUCUUUAUUUUUUCUUCUUUUUUUCUCUUUUGUUCCUUUUUCAUAUAUAUGUGCUUAUUUGAAAUAUAUAUGUAUGUAUGUAUGUAUUUGCAAUAUUUUGCUUAUAUUUUGUAACAAUUAUGUUAAAUAAUAAUAAUAAAAAAAAGAAUUUCAACCGAAGGCCAAUUCAUCUUCUUAGACACCUAUUGGAUGGGAGUCUUCUUAGCUUGGCUUAGGUUGGCAUCUGAAAGACAGCAAGGAAGGAGCAAGGAAGAUUUCCCUAGGGAGGGAGUCCUACAGCUUUGGUGCCAGCACCAAAAAGAUCCUGCCCCUUUCACUAGACCUCAGACAGUGGGGACACACAAAGCAGGGCUGUCAUAGAGGUUCUUAGCAGUUGGUCCGAGGGCCACAUUCAGAGACUUAUUCUGGAGAGAUGGAGUGAAAAUGAAGUACGUAUUUUUCACUCUAUAGGACGCACCAGACCACAGGACGCACUGGACCAUAGGAGGGGGAGAACAGGAAAAAAAAUUUUUUUUUCUUGUUCUCCCCCUCAAAAACAAGGUGCGUUCAAGGUGCGUUCAAGAGCAGGCCUUGCCGCUGCCCCCCGAGCUUGUGGGGCUGGCGGUGGGGGAAGUGCUAUUUUCCCCCACCGUCAACCUCAAAGAUCCCUGAAGCCUUUGGAGCGCAGCUGCACUCCAAAGGCUUGAGGCUUCGGGGACAUCCUUUGUAGCCUUUCAAGCCUCCGCAGCCUUUCAAGCCUCCGCAGGGCAGCGAGGUGAAGGCUUUGCGCAGCCAUCCCGAAGCUAGAACAGCUUCGGGCUGCAGGCUGCUAUCCACAAGCCUUCGGAGCCCGGCGGUAACUGUCCUAAGCCCUAACUGCAGGUAGCUGUCCUAAGCCCGGGGUGCACAGCACCACGCUCCCCGGGCUUCGGGCUGCUGUGUGCACCGACCCCUCUCGCUCUCCAGGCUUCAGCGAAAGCUUUCAUUCGCUCCAUAGGACGCACACACAUUUCCCCUUCAUUUUUUGAGGGGAAAAAGUGCGUCCUAUAGAGCGAAAAAUACGGUAUCCACAUGUGCCUCUGCCCUGUCCCACCCAGAAACCAGGUCUACCUCAUGUGUGAAUGACCUCUCGCAGCAGGGGGUUGGAGUUAAAAAAUAUAUAUUGAUGGAUACUUUUCAACCUUGUGGUCCUGAUUUCUGCUCCUUUAUCUCCUCUUUCACAUGUAGUGGAGAAUCCGGAGCUGGCAAGACUGAAAAUACAAAGAAAGUUAUUCAGUACUUUGCCAACAUCGGUGGUACUGGCAAGGCCUCUACCGAUUCGAAGGUAAGAGGUUUUUCUUUUAGUAGAAUGAACUGGGGGCUGUUGUCUUUUUUCUCUCUUUCUUUUUCAAAUUUUAAUCUUUAUUGAUUUUAGACAUUAAAUCCCUCCACCGCGAAACAACAAAAAAGAAAACAAAUCACCUCACAUAGAAAGAAUUUUUUUACAUAGAAAAUAAGAUUCUUCCAUAUAAUUGUGACUUCCGUCAAUAUGGGUCCAUCAUUACCUUGUUGACUGCAUAUUUGCAUAUUUUUUAAUUUAUCGUUAAUUGUCCAUAUUCUUGGUAGAGUAUUUCGUUGCAGAAGUUAUUCAAAACAUGUCAAAGAUUUUAUCUGAGAACAAUGUUCUUUUAAAUAUGAUUUAAAUAAAUCCUAUUCUUUGUUAAACUCUUGGUUUCUUUAAUUCCUGAUUUUCCCUGUCAUCUUUGCUAAUUCUACAUAUUCAAAAACUUCACCUGCCAUUCCAACUUAGUUGGUAUUUUAUCUCCCUUCCACCAUCUAGCUAUUAACAUUCUCGCUGCAGUAGUUGCAUACAUAAAUAUCUUUCUUAAUUCUUUCGGUAUAUCUGCAGCAAUAAUACCUAACAAAAAGGUUUCUGGCUUUUUGAUUAAAGUUAAUUUGAACAUUUUUUAAAAGCUCAUUAUAGAUAGUUUUCCAAAAGCUUUUUGUCUUUUUACAUUUCUACCACGUGUGGUACAUUGUUCCCUCUGAUUCUUUACAUCUCCAGCAAAAAUUUGAGCCCUUUUUAUACAUUUUCGCCAGCUUGCUUGGCGUAAUGUACCAUCAGUAGAACAUCUUCAUGUAGUUUUCUUUUAGCGUAUAAAGGUAAAGGGACCCCUGACCAUCAGGUCCAGUCGUGACCAACUCUGGGGUUGCGGUGCUCAUCUCGCUUUACUGGCCGAGGGAGCCGGCGUACAGCUUCCGGGUCAUGUGGCCAGCAUGACUAAGCCGCUUCUGGUGAACCAGAGCAGCACACGGAAACGCCGUUUACCUUCCCGCCACAGCGGUACCUAUUUAUCUACUUGAACUUUGACGUGCUUUUGAACUGUUAGGUUGGCAGGAGCUGGUACCGAGCAACGGGAGCUCACCCCGUCACAGGGAUUCGAACUGCUGACCUUCUGAUCGGCAAGUCCUAGGCUCUGUGGUUUAACCCACAGCACCACCCGCAUCCCUCAGCAAGCCGUAAACUUUAUGUCCUUUCUCCAAAGCUUUUCCCAAGAUGCCAUCUGAAUCAUCACAGAUUUAACCUCCUCCUCUAGCCUGUCCCAAUCCAGUAACAGUCUAUACAUUUUGGAGAGUAACGGUUGUCUUGUACCAGCUGAAAUGCAGGCAUUGUCUGGAAUAAUGUGUUAAUCGUUAGCUGUUGAGAAAUCCCCCAUGAUAAAACUGUGUUGCUGUUGUUACUACAAUUGAUUCCUCCUUUUAAACCACCAUCUCAAGGUGAUUUACACAUUUUUGUUUGUCUCUGUCAGGGGUCCCUGGAAGAUCAAAUCAUCCAGGCUAACCCUGUACUAGAAGCCUUUGGAAAUGCCAAAACAACGAGGAACAACAAUUCUUCCCGCUUUGUAAGUAUGAGAAUCUUAAAAUAUUUUGAACCCUUGGCCCCUCCUUAUUAUGCACUGAUUCAAGAUCACCAGUGUCAAAGCAAUGAUUAUUCAACGUCAACUUUGUUGGACUGGUCAUGUUGUGCGGAUGCCUGACGAUCGUCUUCCAAAGCAACUACAGUGGUGCCCCGCAAGACGAAUGCCUCGCAAGACGAAAAACUCGCUAGACGAAAGGGUUUUGCGUUUUUUGAGUCGUUCCGCAAGACGAAUUUCCCUAUGGGCUUGCUUCGCAAGACGAAACGUCUUGCGAGUUCUUGCGAGUUUGUUUCCUUUUUCUUAAAGCUGCUAAGCCGUUAAUAGCCGCUAAGCCGCUAAGACAUUAAUAGCCGCUAAGCCGCUAAGCCGCUAAUAGCCGUGCUUCGCAAGACGAAAAAAACCGCAAGACGAAGAGACUCGCGGAACGGAUUAAUUUCGUCUUGCGAGGCACCACUGUACUCUAUUCUGAACUUAAAAAUGGACAGCGUAAUGCUGGUGGUCAACAAAAGAGGUUUAAAGACUGUCUUGAGGCAAAUCUAUAAAAAAAAAAGUAGUAUAAACACCAACAAUUGGGAAACACUUGCCUGCAAGUGCUCCAAUUGGGGAACAGCCUUUACCAAAGGUGUCAUGGGCUCUGAAGACACUCAAACUCAGGAUACAAGGGAGAAACGUGCCAAGAAGAAGGCACGCUUGACAAAUUCACACCGUGAUCAACUCCCGCCCGGAAACCUAUGUCCCCACUGUGGAAGGAUGUGUGGAUCCAGAAUUGGCCUCCAGUCACUUAUGGACUCACUGUUAAAACCAUGUUUAUGGAAGACAAUCUUACUCGGCUACAAGGGAUCGCCAAAGAAGAAGAAGAAGAUGCACUGAUUCACACAUGCAUACACAUCACUUGCUUGGUCUUCAACUAAUGACCAACACUUGUUGACUCUCAGUUGUCUACACUGAAGGUGAUUGUAUCCCUUUAUGAGGUGAUAACUGGGCGAACAUAUCAGACGACACAGUGAUUCUUCCAAGGCAGCUCUUUAUUUGUAAGCUGGAACAGAACUGAACUGAGGAGCUCAGUCAGCCUGCUUAUAUAGAGCUCCACUAGAAUGCGACAGUAACCAUUUUCUGUAACUAGCCAAUCACUGAACGUCACUUUCGAUCCUUCAUUUGCAUACAAACUAUCCAAUCACUGAACGUCACUUUCUAUCCUUCAUUUGCAUAACUAUCUACAGUAUCCCCCUGGUGGCCCAGGUUGAGAACUUCAGUACAUAACAAUAACAAUUAUUUCACUGUUUGCUGGCUGGAACUGAUGGCAGUUACAGCCCAAAAUGUCCAGAGGGCACCAGGUUCAGGAAGCUGACAUAGUGUUGGGGCUUGGCAGGUCUCUAUUAGAAAGGCAUUCCACAAGGAAGGCACCACCACUGAAAAGACCAUGCACUUGUGCUGUUUAAUCUUUCCUGGGUAAAGCUAUUGCCAUCUCUAUUAACUGACUUGCCUCUUGUUCUUCAUCCCAGGGUAAAUUCAUCCGAAUCCACUUUGGCAGCACAGGAAAACUGGCUGGAGCUGACAUUGAGAGUUGUAAGUUUCCAAGUUCGGCUAAUCUCAACCCCGAAAUCCAUUUUAGGUGGAAUUUGGCAGUAACCUGUUUACUCAGGCAGUGUAUGUGUCUAAAAUAAAAAGUUGAUAGGACAUAAGCAAAUGUACACAUAUUUAAUCAAUUGCCCUGUUUAGGGAAGCUUUUAAUAUUUGAUGAAUUAUUGUAUGUGAAUAUUUUGUUGGAAGCUGCCCAGAGUGGCUGGGGUAUAAAUAAAAAUUAUUAUUAUUAUUAUUAUUAUUAUUAUUAUUAUUAUUAUUAAAUGUAUUAAUGGAAAAUAAUUUGAGUAAUUGACCAGAUUUUUUAAAAAUAAACUUGGUAACAGUGCUAACAGGAAGUUACAGAUUAAAUGACGCAGGUCUGCUCAGCUCAUAGUUGCUUCAUUUAGUUUUUCUUGGUCCAAGAUUUUGAUUCCCUGGAGUCAGAAUUUAAUGUUGCUUGUGCGUGGCAUUGCAGUUCAGUUAAGUCAUAUCAGAGCAACAGAGCUGACUUCUGAAGUGUUCGGAUACCGUCUACAAUAGUAGUGUCCAAACUUUUUUCAAAGAGGGCCAGAUCUGAUGAAGUGAAGGACCGUGAGGGCCGACCAAAGGGCCAACUGACCUUUUUCUAGGAUUGAAGCUGUUGAGCUUUGGAUUUUGCCCCAGGAAAUAAACUGCCACAGGGCCCAGAUUAAACCGACCAGAGGGCCGGAUUAGGCCCCUGAACCAGACUUUGGACAUGCCUGGUCUACAGUAUCAGCUUAAAUCUGGGUAUACUUUGUUUUUCAGAUCUCCUAGAGAAAUCUCGGGUCAUCUCUCAGCAACCCGCUGAAAGGGGCUAUCACAUCUUCUACCAGCUCCUCUCCAAUAAGAAGCCAGAUCUUGUUUGUAUGAAGCUUUCCCCUGUGUAUUGGCGGGGUGGAGGGGGCUGCAAGAACUGGGGCUGAGGGACAAAUUCAGUUUCCAUUUAAUGCCAAAUCUAUCAUUCGCACAUUCUAAAACAAAUUUGUGAACUGAAACACAGCCAUCCUUCUAGAUUCUCCCUUUUCGGAAUUUUGUAACGCAGUUCUCCAACGAAACAAUGUUUAUAAAAAUGCAUUGGUUAGCAGAAAGCAUACAUAAAAAAAAUCAAUGUGUUAGUAAGAGAAAUCAGGAUUUUUAAAGAAAAUAAAAUGGCCUAUAGCUGCAGAAAUGUGGAGAACUGAAUUUAAGGUGGGAAAAAAUGAGAAAUGGAGAGAAGUGAAAUUGACAGAUCCCUUCUUCCUUACCUAGGAGCAAGCCCCUUUUUAAAUGGUGGGACUUGCUGGUAUGGAUUACACCAGUGCUUUUUUUCUGGGGGGACGCAUACCCCUAAACAUUUUUUACUUUUGUACAUUUACUGUAUUUAUUUUUCACAAUUUGAACUAUAAAAUGGUGAUUUUCUUGAGUCAAAAUGAGAGUAACCCUAAACAUUUUUUAGGGGGAGAAAGCACUGGCUUACACCAUUAGGAUGCUUUUAGACUAGAUGGGCUGGAUGAAAUCUUCAUGGGAAGAUGCUUUGUAAGAACUGGAUUUUAGCAUGAAGCAAAGCACAAAUUUGAGAAGGGGGAAAAUGAGAAGCCGAGGCAAAUGAGAUGGGCAGGUCCUUCUAUCCCUAGCAAGAUCAGAAUGCUGAACUAACUAUCGGGGCUGAUUCAGCAGAGUUCUUAAAAAAGGACCGCAGUUUCUGCAUCCUGACAUUUCUUUUAUGUGACAGCAUCCUUGCUUUGUGUGCCGGACCCCAAGGAGUACCACUGGACAAGCCAAGGAGUCACGGUUGUUGACAACAUGGACGACGGAGAGGAACUGCUUCUCACAGAUGUAAGUUUGCAAAGGCUGUUGCAUUUUAUCUACCCCCCACUUUUGAGUGUUUUAUUGAUCGAAAACUUUAUAACAGAAGUGUACAAUAGAUAUUAUUGCAGCAGCUAGACUGGUGACUGGGGUGUGGCUACCGAGACCAUAUAACACCAGUCCUGAAAGACCUACAUUGGCUCCCAGUAAGUUUCUGAGCACAAUUCAAAGUGUUGGUGCUGACCUUUAAAGCUCUAAAUGGCCUUGGCCCAGUAUACCUGAAGGAGCGUCUCCACCCCCAUCGUUCUGCCUGGACACUGAGGUCCAGUGCCGAGGGCCUUCUGGUGGUUCCCUCACUGCAAGAAGCUAAGCUACAGGGAACCAGGCAGAGGGCCUUCUCAGUAGUGGCACCCGCUCUGUGGAACGCCCUCCCAUCUGAUGUCAAAGAGAUAAACAACUACCUGACAUUUAGAAGACUUCUGAAGGCAGCCUUGUUCAGGGAAGUUUUUAAUGUGUGACAUUUUAAUGUAUUUUUAAUCUUUGUUGGAAGCCGCCCAGAGUGGCUGGGGAAACCCAGCCAGAUAGGCAGGGUACAAAUAAUAAAUUGCUAUUACUAUUACUAUUACUAUUACUAUUACUAUAUUAUAGACAAAAUGAGAAAUAAAAAAUAAACGGUUCUUUAUUCUUUAACUAAUGCACGCUUUGUACAUCCAUUUGUGAUUAAAUUUUUCAAGACCACCGAUCUUCCCCUUGCAUUCCCGAAUUACCGGUAAAUUCCUUAAAUACGCACUUAAACUUUAUUUUCUCCAUAUUAUUUGACUUACCAUAAAUUUUAUUUUAUACAGUUACCCUAUUGACACACCGAAGCUCAGUCAAAACCUGCCAACGAAUUGACAUUUUGACAAUGUUCUUUUACAUAAACUCUGUAUAUAACCCACUCUCUGGAAAAAAAUAUGGCUGUAACAUCUCUUAGCCUUGCUGAUAAUCUCGCCAGUUCGGCAUACUCUCUUAUUUUAUUUUGCUAGUCUGUUUUAGAUGGGGUAUCCUCUCCCUUCCAACCUUUUGCGAUUAGAAUUCUGGCAGUGACUGUAACAUACAUAAGGACUCUCCUGUAUUUUGGGGGGGUUUCAUUUCCCAUAAUUCCUAGCAGGAAGGCUUCAGGUUUUUUUUUAGGGAAGGAGCAUUUGAACAUUUCCUUAAGCUCGUUGUAAAUCAUUUCCCAAAUGAGCACCUGUUGUAUUUUGGGUGUAGGAGGGAAACUGCAGCAAAAGAUGGCAGCCUAAGGGCUAUAAGCACAGCUUGGCAGUCUUUAGCCUCGCUCAGAUACGUUAAGGAAAUGAGAGGGCAGGGGAGGGGAGUGUAAUCAAGUCCACAUAGGAAACUGUCUCGUACUGAAUCAGAUUACUAUUGCAGAUGUUAAUAUUGUGCAGCUUGUAGCAACCAGAUGGAUAAAAACUGGCUCUCUUUUUUUGGAAUGAAGCAUUUUCCAGACCUGUUAGAUAUUAUUCAGAAACUUUCCUUGCGGAACUUUCUUCAAAACAGAACAAAAGCACCAAAGCUACACCCAAAUCAUUCCAUAAAACAUAUUCUUACCCAAUCAUAGGCUCAGCAUUCCAUAAAACAUAUUCUUACCCAAUCAUAGGCUUGACAAACAUCUCUCUCUCUCUCUCUCUCUCUCUCUCUCUCUCUCUCACACACACACACACACACACACACACACACACACACUGGCUCCGUUAGCCUGCAUUCCAGCCCCAAGACUAUUGAGCUCCUGGAAAGGCAUCUUACUCCCGCAGAGCCUGGGAACAAAAACUAACAGCAACUAUCUUUCAAAGUGGAGAUUUGCAAUUCAAUACCUUAAUCACCUGAUCUAAAGUUAAACACUCACGUGUUAGUGAGCAGAGAACAGCAACAGUUGAUUAUCAGCCCACAAAGGAGCUAAGAGAGCCCUUUUUGCUCUUCCUUAGCUUCAAUGGAAUCUUCCAGUUAAACCCUUUCAGCAAUACAGAUGGGCAUUCUCCAUUUCAGUGUCAAUUAAGCAAUUAUACUUAACAAUCACUGGUCCACAUACCUGGGCAUUGCUUACACCCACAGUAUCCAACCUUUUUAGACUCACAACCCACCUUUAACCCAAGCAUGCAUGGGGGGCCUUAUUAUUUCCCCCCUCCUCCUCCCUUUGUCUCCUAUUGUUGCUGCUGCAGCCCACCUUAGAUCAGGAUGCCACCAUUUGAGGGUCUUGACUGAGCCACCAGUCAAAGACCAGUGGUCUACACUGAUCCAGGUUCUCGGGCAGGAGUCUUUGCCAGGCCUACCCGGGAAUGCCAGGGAUGAAACCUGGGAUCUUUUGCAUAUAGAAGAAAUGCUCUAGAACAGCCUUUCUCAACCUGUGGGUCCCCAGAUGUUGUUGGACUACAGCUCCCAUCACCCCUAGCUAGCAAGGCCAGAGCUCAGGGAUGAUGGGAGUUGUAGUCCAACAACAUCUGGGGACCCACAGGUUGAGAACCGCUGCUCUAGAACGAAGCUACAGCUCUUGUACUGUUCUCUACCUAUUUAUUUUUCCAGAAGCAAAUGAGAAUGUUUCUUUCCAACAUGCCUCCAGGAGUUGAGGGGUUUUAAGCUUAAUUAUUUCAGUUUCGAUGGUGGUGGUGAUUGAACCUCUGGCUGUAAUAUCUAAAUUGGAGCGGGGGGUUGUGGAGUGCUUUGACACCUAUUGAGAAACGGUACACAAGGUUUGGAAAUGAUAAUGAUUCCUCUCUUCCAGGUGGCCUUUGAUGUCCUAGGCUUCACUCAAGAAGAGAAGAUAAGCGUUUAUAAGCUGACUGGAGGCAUAAUGCACUUCGGCAACAUGAAAUUCAAGCAGAAGCCAAGAGAGGAGCAGGCAGAAGUUGACACCGCUGAAGGUAACAGAGCGGGGAGGAGCAGGAGGAACCAGUUGUUGCAGGACUACAACUCCCAUCGUCCCUGGCCGUUGGCCGUAGUGCCUGGGGCUGAUGGGAAUUUGAGUUCAACAACAUCUCAAGUGCCACACCCUCCCCAACUAAAUAAGGGAUGCCGGUCAAAUCUCAAAUUCAAAGGAAUUCACUGUUUUGCAACUCAAAGUGUUGACAUUAUGUAAAAUAAUGGACUAUGCAGAACUGGCAAAAUUAAGAGAAUCUGAUGAUGAGUGUUUUGUGGAAGAAUGGAAGCCUUUUUUGGACUACUUUGGAUUUGAGCUAUGAGCCACAUAAGUAAUUACAGUGGUACCUCUGUUUUUGAACGUAAUCCAUUCUGGAAGACCGUUUGAGUUUUGAAACGUUCAAAAACGGAAAAUUCAAUCGCCGACAGCUAGGCCUCAGGAUCUUGCAUUCAGCGGAAGCCGCGUGGCAUGUUCGACUUCUGAGGCGUGUUCAAAAACCAAAGCGUUUACUUCCGGGUUUACGGCGUUCGGAAACUGAAAUGUUCGUCAACGGAGAUGUUCAAAAACCUAGGUACCACUGUAGAUUAUAGUACUGUGGUUAUGAUUUUAACAGGCAGACGAUAGGGAGAAGCAGAAGUGGAGAAACAACAAGAAGUGGAAAAUGGGGUGGGAAGUUGAUAAAAUAUGAGGGGGGGGGGAAUUGUUUGUUGGAUUGUAUAUGUUAAAAAUGUUGAAACUUAAUAAAAUAUAUUUUUUUAAAAUGUAGUUUAAAACCUUAAUUAAACAUGUGGUUGAUGGCUUCUAUUCACAUUUCCGUUUCCUCUGCCUCUCCCUCCAGGAAAGCCCACAGUUUAGUGCCGAAUCUGAACGAACAGCACUUGGGUUUUCUGUGGAUUGUUCUUUGCUCCGAUUUAGCACUAAAGAGUGAAUUUUCUGGGGGAAAGCAGUGGGGCAAAGACAAAACCACUUGGACCCGUGCUAUCUAGGGGUGGGGGAAGCGGAAGUAUGAAAAAGCCCUUAGCCCCAUUGGACUUACUCCUGCGUAGACAGGCACUGUCUGUGCUUGUGUUGUCCUUUCUGCAACAGUGGCCUAGCAGAACUUGCAGAAAUGGUUGUGGUUUCCUUGUCUGAGGAAACGGGGGCCUUCGUCAUGGCCAGCAGUUUGCUCCCCUUCCGAUUAAUCUGUGCCUUUGGUCUUUUGGCAGUGGCCGACAAAGUCGCCCACCUCAUGGCUCUCAACUCCGGGGAACUCCAGAAGGGCAUCACCCGGCCCCGGGUGAAAGUGGGCAACGAGUUUGUGCAGAAGGGGCAGAACAUGGACCAGUGCCACAACUCCGUUGGUGCCCUGGGCAAAGCCGUCUACGACAAGAUGUUCAAGUGGCUAGUCGUCAGGAUCAACAAGACCCUGGACACCAAGAUGCAAAGGCAGUUCUUUAUCGGAGUGCUGGAUAUCGCUGGCUUUGAAAUCUUUGAGGUACAGGGAAACUAGGAACAGCUCUAGCGGGAGGUUUGCAGGUGGGGUCUGCAACAAAAUGUUGCAGGUACCUUCCCACCAGAGUGGUACCUAUUUAUCUACUUGCACUUUGACGUACUUUCGAACUGCUAGGUUGGCAGGAGCAGGGACCGAGCAACAGAGGCUCACCCCGUCAUGGGGAUUUGAACCGCCGACCUUCUGAUCGGCAAGUCCUAGGCUCUGUGGUUUAACCCACAGCGCCACCUGCGUCCCUCCUGGCUGGUGAAGUUCCCUGCAAUUCAUUGCCCCCCUCUGCCAUGUUAGACUCCGGCCCCCUUUCCCAUGGCACACACUGGCCAGCAGCCCCUGACGCAGGCCUUCGUUUCUAUUCCCUUUGCAGUUCAAUAGCUUUGAGCAGCUCUGCAUCAACUUCACCAACGAGAAGCUGCAGCAGUUCUUCAACCACCACAUGUUUGUGCUGGAGCAGGAGGAGUACAAGCGAGAAGGGAUCGACUGGGUCUUCAUCGACUUUGGUCUGGAUCUGCAAGCUUGCAUUGAGCUCCUGGAAAAGGUGAGCCUCUCUCGCCAGCCUGAAGCAUGGCCGGCCUCUGGUGGCUUGGCAGAGCCGGCCCAGCCGUGAGGCAAGUGAGGCCGCUGGCUCGGGUGGCAGAACUCGCCCCCUCAGGCAGCACACCCGUGGAGGCCCUGCCUGCCCCGCUGCCUCCACCAACGACUGAGAAGUGCCACCGCCAUCAGCGCCAAUUUGAGGCAAGAUGGCGGCCAUUUUGGAUGAGAGCUCACCCCAAAUUGGCACGAUCUUGCCCCAAAUGGGCACUGAUGGCGAUGCUCCUUCACCAGAUUCAGGUGGAGCAAGGCACAUGGCAGCAAGGUAAAGCAGUUCUUUCUGUUUCACCUCAACCCUGCGGCUUAGCCUGCUGAGAUAGUGCUAUCUGCACAGAUUCUUAAUAUUCAUCGCUCCCUCCACAUGUCCUUAUUUUUUUGUGCAUUCAUGAUGAAUCCCUACUCUGCCCGGACACUGAGGUCCAGCUCCGAGGGCCUUCUGGCAGUUCCCUCACUGCGAGAUGUGAGGUUACGGGGAUCCAGGCAGAGGGCCUUCUCGGUAGUGGCACCUGCCCUGUGGAACACCUUCCCCUCAGAUGUCAAGGAAAUAAAGAACUAUCUGACUUUUAGAAGACAUCUGAAGGCAGCCCUGUUUAGGGAAGUUUUUAAUGUUUGAUGUUUUAUUCUGUUUUUAUUCUGUUGGGAGCCACCCAGAGUGGCUGGGGAAACCCAGCCGGGUGGGUGGGGUAUAAAUAAUUUAUAUUUAUAUUUAUAUUUAUAUUUAUAUUUAUUAAAUGUAUUUGUUUUCACUGCUGACUUUGGAAACACCAAGGAGGACUUAUUUAAGUCCAGGGCUAUUGUGUGUGUGUGUGUGUGUGUGUGUGUGUGUGUUUUCUUACUGGGUCCUCCUCCUCUCCAGCCCAUGGGCAUCUUCUCCAUCCUUGAAGAGCAGUGUGUGUUCCCCAAGGCAACCGACGCUACCUUCAAGGCUGCUCUCUAUGACAAUCAUCUGGGGAAGUCCCCCAACUUCCUGAAGCCCAAAGGAGGCAAAGGCAAAGGGGCUGAAGCCCACUUUGAGCUGGUGCAUUAUGCUGGCACCGUGAGUAUUAUUAUUAUUAUUAUUAUUAUUAUUAUUAUUAAAUUAAAUUUGUAUACUGUUAUAAGAAUUCUAAGGUCUCAAAUCUAGAAUAAAUUUUCAUUACUGUACAAGGCAAACACAUAAGUAUGUAAACCACAUGUCUGAAAUGAGGCUUGUAUCCAAGCAACAUCCUGAGGGCACCAGAUUUUGGAAAACAGAGCUAGGUGUUGCGGUCGUGUAAUGCCCGAGUGCCACCAUGCCCAAUUUUUCCUCUCCUUGUUGUCAGGAGCCUACACUUGAGUAGGACCCUGGCAGAGACACAUGCCCGACUGGCAUGUUCCCUCCAUCCUGGUCGAUCGUUCGGGAGCUUCAUAAACUUUCUUCAGCCCGAACAUCACAGCGACCAAUGCCAACCGACACUGGCACACUUAGGGAUCCACAGAGUUUGUGCAUCAUGCGCGUGACAGACCUCAGUAACUCAGCAUUUUGGCUAAUCUACUUUAUUUACAUAUAAACACACACGGAGCACUGCAACAUGGCUCCCUCUCUCCCUAGCAUCAGACAGCAAAGAGAAGAAGAACAAAGGACAAUAGUCCCACUUCACAGUAACACAAACAUCCCGUCUCCGUCACUUCCCACUCUGUGGAGUCAAAACAUACCACGGCAUGUGAAAGACAACAAUCCCAUGACUGCAAUCACGGAGCAGGAAUUCUAACACUUUCUUGCUCCAGGUGGGUUACAAUAUCACCGGGUGGCUGGAGAAGAACAAGGACCCCCUGAAUGAAACGGUGGUGGGCUUGUUCCAGAAGUCCGGGAUGGCCCUGCUCUGCACUCUCUUCAAAGAAGAGGAGGCCGCAGGUGCGUGGAUCUCUUUGCUUGCAUUUCCUAUCCCAAACCCAGCAAACAACUCCAGAUAGGUUGUCCUAUUUCCUGCUCACAGCAACCCCACCAGGUAAGGUUAAGCUGAGACAGCGUGACUUGCCCAAAGUCUCCCUGGUACAGUGUUCCGUCUACUAUACCUGGUGUACUUCAGAUAUUGUGGACUGCCACGUCCAUCAGGCAGUGUGGUGAAGUGGUUAGAGUACUGGAUUCAGACCUGGCAGAAAGGAGUUCUAGUCCCCACUCUGCCAUGAAGCUUAAUGCCUGACUGUCUCUAAAGCUAACCUCCCUCACAGGGUUGUUGUGCUGCUGAGCUAUGUGGCCCCUGUCCUUCCUUGAUGGACAGUUCAGUCAGUAGAGCACAUUUUAAGGUUGUGGGUUCAAGACCACAUUAGGCAAAAGAUUCAUUCAUGGCAGGGGGUGGGCCUAAAUGACCCACGUGGUCCCUUCCAACACUACAAUUCUCUGAUUCUACGAUUCUGUCAACUUGGAAAUCUGUCUGCUUAUGAAUGUUGUUGUUGUUGUUGUUGUUGCAAAGUCGCAUUACCAAAACCCCACAACAAACAUUGUUUCUGUGAGUACAGUCGUACCUUGGAUCCUGAAUGCCCUGGAACUCGGACGUUUUGGCUCCCAAAUGAUCGAAACCCGGAAGUGAUUGUUCUGGUUUGUGAACGUUCUUUUGGAACCCGAACGUUUGAUGGGGCUUCCGCAGCUUCUGGUUGGCUGCAGGAGCUUCCUGCAGCCAACAGAAGCCACGAUUUGGUUUUCAAAAAAAUCUGGAACAGAUUCCGUUCGACUUCCAAGGUGUGGCUGCGCUGAAAUGGCCGCCUUAGUAACCCCUCAGCCUCUGAGAUGAAAAUAGGGAAACACCCCAGGUUUUGUGUAUACAUGAAUUUAUUUCCAUAUACACUUGAAUCAUCUUCAGUUCCAUGUUUUCCUCAGCUGGAACAACCAAGAAGCAGAAAAGGGGAUCUUCCUUUAUGACUGUCUCCAACUUCUAUAGGGUAAGUCUCACCUGGUAAGAGAAUGUUUAAAAUUUUAUUUUUUACCAACAACCAAAACACAAACAGUGAAACCCCCCAGGCGGCUGGUACAUUGGGUAUACUGUACAUAAUCAUUAAUAACAUAUUCAAAUCAACCAUAUGUACAAUUUUAGAUACGUUAACACUCCUCCAUCCACAAGGUUUAUUUAACUUUUAACAUUUUAAUUGCCCCAAAUUGUUCAAACCUACCCAAAUAAUUCAAUAUCUUCUCAAACCAAUCCUCCUCUUUCUCACUGACCUUAAACCCUUUCAUUCUGUGUAUCUUCACAGUUAGGUAUUCUAAAAUUAUAAUAUUAUUCAGUUUUUUCCUCCAUUGGUUCACCCCUAACUCUUCUGCAUUUUUCCAGUUACUCGCUAUAACCUGUCUGUCUGCAGUUACCAUCAAUUUUACCCAUUUACAUUCCUCUUUUGUUUUUAACUCGGUGCUACUCAGACUAAUAAGAACCAUUAAUUUAUAUAUUCCCACCUUCCUACCCACAAUUCCUGAUAUUUCUAUACCAAUCUGUUUCCAAAAUUCAUUAACUAAAUUCUCACCUGGUAAGGGAACUCCACCUCUGUCAUCGGCAUCAAUGGAUAGCCACGUGGCACUUCUUUUGCUCCUGUGGUGUGUGUGUGUGUGUGUGUGUGUGUGUGUUGAGGGUGGCAGCGGUCUGAGAACCAGCCAGAAACCCAGCAACUGAUGUGGUGACCUACAGUCGUGCAGCAGGGAUGUUUGGCUCUGGCAGGCCUUCAGGAUUGCUGGCAGGAAAAAUGGAGGCAUCCCUGAACCAGGCCAAGUUCAAGGUAUUACCAUUAGUGUAUCAAUGGCAGCCCUCCGCUGCCUUGUGAGAUAUCUUCAGGAGAAGGAAAGGCUAAGGAAUCAACCCUACACAAAUCCAGAGUGGAGACCCUAAGACGGUUGGAUGGCUCCUUGUACGCCUCCUUCCAUCAACUCCUGCAGCUGAGCUGGUGCUAAAUGUCUUGCUCUGCUAUCCUUUGGACCACAUCAGCCAGGCUGAGAUCCCCCCAUCUUGUCAUCUGGUCAGCCCAGGACCUCCAUGCACACUGCCCAGGUUUGCGCCCCAGAGAGGUUACUUUGGUGCUGCUAACACAGCAGUUUGACUUCACCCCCGGAGGCACACUCCACUGUCUCUCGAGAAAGACAGGUGCCCACAACAACCAAGCCCUUAACAACUUGGGACUGGUUUACCUGCGAGAUCGCCUGGCACCAUGCCCACUCGGCUGCUUCUGUCUGGCACAAAGCCAGCACUGUGACAGAUGUCACAGGAUACCUGUUCAGCAUUUGUAAGAAAUUGAUUGUUUCGUGUGGCAGCAUCCGCCCUUCGAAACUCCCUGCCUAUUGAUCCCAGGCAGGUGCCUUCACUGUACACUUUUCUGCACCUGCUAAACACAUUUUUUCUUAGACAAGUCUGCCUGGAUAUGUAGAAUGUUGAUGCGUGCCUUAAUCUGAUUUUAGUUUUUCUGAAUGUUUUAUAUAGUUGUUUUUAACAGUUUUCACCAAUGAGUUUACAUUUUUGUGUAAACCACCUUGAGGUGUCUUCUUCUUCUUCUUUGCAAUCAAGCAGUAUAUAAAUUUUAUGAAAUGAAUGCAAUAUUCUCCCCCUGCCUGACUACCCUCCUGUUUCAUUUCCUCUUCCUGUUUCAGGAGCAGCUGAACAAGCUGAUGACCACCUUGCACAGCACAGCCCCUCAUUUCGUACGCUGUAUCGUUCCAAACGAGUUCAAGCAGUCCGGUACGGAGCUUUGCUGUUCUUCUAUCCCUUUUAAAAAUUGUAAAUAUAAAAAAGGUAUAUAAGGUAAAGGGUAAAGGGACCCCUGACCAUUAGGUCCAGUCGUGACCAACUCUGGGGUUGCAGCACUCAUCUUGCUUUACUGGCUGAUGGAGCCGGCGUAGAGCUUCUGGGUCAUGUGGCCAGCAUGACUAAGCCGCUUCUGGCGAACCAGAGCAGCGCAUGGAAACACCAUUUACCUUCCCGCUGGAGCGGUACCUAUUCAUCUACUUGCACUGGUGCGCUUUCAAACUGCUAGGUUGGCAGGAGCAGGGACCGAGCAACGGGAGCUCACCCCGUUGCGGGGAUUCAAACUGCUGACCUUCUGAUCAGCAAGUCCUAGGCUCUGUGGUUGAACCCACAGCGCCACCGCGUCCCAUAGGUAUAUAAGGAGGGCUGGUUAAAUAACCAUUCAGCACUCCGUAAAUAACAAACGAAAGAGGAGGAGGGAAGUCAUCAGUUUUAGCCCAGAUAAUUCUUUUAAUUCACUUAUUUGAUCGUACUUCUGCACUGUGUGCAUUCAAAGGAAUGUCACAAAGCAGUUUACAAAAGUAAAAUGCAUUUUAAACCAAUCCCACAGUCUUAAUAGGGCAAGAAGAAGUCCAGUCCUAAUGUUCUAGGAAAACCCGAGAAAACAAACAAGCAGUUACUAAAAUAAUGAAUAAGGUCAUGCAUCCUCUUCCAUUUUUUUCUUUCCAGAAAGAUGCAGUAGCUGUCCAUUCCUAUCAGACACAUGGCCCUUUCUUGCACAGAUAUAAUGGGUGUUUAGAAUUUGGGAUGCUGCUGUUAUGAAUAAGUUAAGUUGACUUAUACAUAUCAGCAGCAUCCCAAAUUCUAAACAACCAUUUGGGCAGAUGAAUCAUAGAAUCAUAGAGUUGGAAGAGACCACAAGGGCCAUCGAGUCCAACCCCCUGCCAAGCAGGAAACACCAUCAGAGCACUCCUGACAUAUGGUUGUCAAGCCUCUGCUUAAAGACCUCCAAAGAAGGAGACUCCACCACACUCCUUGGCAGCAAAUUCCACUGUCGAACAGCUCUUACUGUCAGGAAGUUCUUCCUAAUGUUUAGGUGGAAUCUUCUUUCUUGUAGUUUGGAUCCAUUGCUCCGUGUCCGCUUCUCUGGAGCAGCAGAAAACAACCUUUCUCCCUCCUCUAUGUGACAUCCUUUUAUAUAUUUGAACAUGGCUAUCAUAUCACCCCUUAACCUCCUCUUCUCCAGGCUGAACAUGCCCAGCUCCCUUAGCCGUUCCUCAUAAGGCAUCGUUUCCAGGCCUUUGACCAUUUUGGUUGCCCUCCUCUGGACACGUUCCAGUUUGCCAGAAGAGGAGACAUUAUUUUUCCCUCAGUGUUGUCCCAGUUGACUUGGGAGGGGGGGUCAGGCUGAAACAUUCAGGCUGAAACAUCUUGUUCCAUGGAGCAUCGUCCACUUGGCUUGGUGAAUUGCCACGGGAAGCAAAGCAUCCAAAAGACUGGCUCGUGGAGGCUCUGAUUCUAGACCCUUUCCGUCCAGCGCUCCACCAUUUGCUUGAGCGCCUCUUCUUUAGUUUUCAAGGUAGCAUCCUAAUUCACUCAGCCCUGGCUGAGCCAGUCCCGUUCCAAGCAACAGUCCCGCAGCAGUUUUUGCUCUUGCAGCCGUGAAAUGGAAACGUCAUGCUCUGUCUUUUGCAGGUGUGGUGGAUGCGCACCUGAUUUUGCACCAGCUGGCCUGUAACGGCGUUUUGGAAGGUAUCCGUAUUUGCCGGAAAGGUUUCCCCAACAGGUUGCAGUACCCUGAGUUCAAGCAAAGGUGAAUAUCGUCAUCGAUACGCCAUCCAUUUCUAGGGUGGGGAUGGAAUGCCUGAGAGAAGGCCAAAAACAGAGGCAGAAGCUAAAGCAGGAGAGGAGGGAGGCCAAGUGGCAGAGAUGAGUCAGGCUGGUGAAGAGUCCUGGGUGUCUUGUUCUCCUGCUGCAACAAGCUCCCCUCUGUCCUGGUCUCCCAGAACCAGAAUAACAACAACAACAACAACAACAACAUCAACAACAACAACAACAACACUUUUAUAUUUAUACACCUCCCAUCUGGCUGGGUUGCCCCAGCCACUCAUAGCUGUCAAGCGUCCCUUAUUUGGCGGGACAGUCCCCUUUCCCAGCGCCAUGUCCCACUGCUGUCCCUUAUCGAUGAGGCUUCGUUUGGCUGCUGGCUGGGCUUUCUGCCUUUGACUCAGAGGAGCUCAGAAGUUGAACAUACCUGUGCCCGGAAAAUCCCUUAUUUUGGCUGCUGGUCCCUUAUUUUCAAAUCUGUAAGUUGACAGCUAUGCAGCCACUCUGGGUGGCUUCCAACAAAUAAUAAUAAUAAUAAUAAUAAUAAUAAUAAUAAUAAACAUCAAGCAUUAAUAGUAACCAUCAGAUACUAUAUGAAAAGUCGCAGUAACUUUAAAAUAAGCAACUUAUAUCAAAUAAAACAAUAUUCGACAAUCCUUUAGAAUCCAAUAGCAAAGAGUAAAAUUAAGCAUCAGGAAAUAAUAAUUAAACAGUUUAUACUUACCAAUUACAAUAAAGAGUUACUAAUAUAUAAUCAAUAAAAACAGCAAAUCACAAUGCAUAAAAUACCACAAAACAUACAAAACCAUGCAAAAGGAUCAGAUUGAGAAACCAGGGCACCCAACCCAUAAAAUUAUCUUUAAAAGCUAUCCCUGAGCUACUCUCUUCCCAGCUGCUUCUCAAAGUCAUUUGUCUGGGGCUGGAGGGUGGGGCAAGGCAGGCGGAAAAGACAUUGCCUGCAGAAAGUCUCUCUCCCCUCAAAAGAGGCCUGAAGAGGGCGGAGGAGAGAUUCGUGAUAUGUGCAGGCGCAGUCUCUGGCUGCUUGGGGAAAAAACCCCUGGAAAGAUGGGGACUUAGGCGUCUGUGGGGGACCUUCAGUCUCUGCAGCUGCUACAUAGGAGCAAGUCUUACCGGAGAUGAGCUGCUGUGCUCAUUCAGCCUGACGCUCCUGUGUUGAUGCUGUUUUUGCUAAUAAACUCCAGUGUGAUUUCCUGCUGGCUUGGUCCUGCCAGAAGGAGAGGCGUUGUGGCUCUCCAAGCAUCCGAACCCAGCAGAACUUAGCACGAAAGAGAAGAGGGGGCUGGGGGGACUCAGUGUGGUGAGAUGCAUGGCAGCAGAGUUCACCCCAUGUCCUGCCAUGAUGCACUCCACGCCUUCUCCCUCCUCUCUCGAUUAGCUCUCGUGAUUGGCUGAGUUGGGGAGCUGGCAGAGCAAGGCCGGUCCCCAUCUGUGUUGCCUUACUGGCUAUUACUCUCGCCCAUCACUUUGCUUAGCUGUUCUGUGGCCCACCAGCCACCAGAUUGUGGUUCUUGAAAGUUCUCAGUGGCAGCUUGUGUCUUUCUCUUGUCAGGUACCAGGUGCUGAACCCCAACGUGAUCCCUCAGGGAUUUGUGGACAACAAGAAGGCCUCAGAACUUCUCCUGGGAUCUCUGGACCUGGGAGAGAAUGAGUACAAAAUUGGGCACACGAAGGUACGGCAGGCUUCAGUCUGGCCUUACUGUCCCUCUUUUCUUUCUUUCUUUCUUUCUUUCUUUCUUUCUUUCUUUCUUUCUUUCUUGGUUUUCACAUAUUACAUUACAACACAGAUAUACCAAAGCCAAAGCCAACACCAUUUCCUCUCCAUCCCCUCAUAAAUUUACAUUUACAUUUCCUCAAUCCGUCAUAUUAUUCUUUUCUCCUUCCUCCCACUCCCCUCCGCCCCCACUCGAUUUCCUCCCCAUUGACAAUAAAGAUAUAUUAUUAUUAUUAUUAUACAAUUUACAAUAAUCGUAGCAUUCUAAAAUCUUCUCAGAUCAUCUGUAUAUUCUUCUUAUCAUUCAUUACUAAUUUUUCUUCCAUCCAGCACUUCAUAUUUUAAUCUAGGCAUAUUAGCGUAUCGUUUUUUGAGCAAUAUUUUGCCGUAUAUUCAUCAAAACAUUUCCACUCCUUUUUUUAAUUUUUGAUUUGACUGAUUUCUUAUUAUAGCAGUUAAUUUUGCCAAAAUUAAAUAUUCAUUUAUUUUACAAAUCCAGUCCUCCUUUGGGGGUAUAGUUUGUGACUUCCUCCUAGCAGCAAUCACUGUUCUAGCAGUCUUACUGUUCCCUUUGAGGGAAGGGGUUUCACCCCCGUCCAUGGUUUCUUGUAGAAGAAGUGGUCUCUGUAUCCUUCAAGAAUCAUAUGUGAAACAGAGCUUCGCAGGGUGAGCUGGCAGUGCAAUCAUUCUCCUGCCAGUGUCUUGAUGGGCGUGCUGCUCCUUGCUUUCAAAGGUCUUCUUCCGCGCUGGAAUCUUGGCCAAGCUGGAAGACAUGCGAGACGAGCGUUUGGCAAAGAUCAUGACCAUGUUGCAAUGCCGGGGCCGGGGCUUCCUGAUGAGAAUUGAGUUCAAGAAGAUGCUAGACAGGAGGUAUAAUAAUAAUAAUAAUAAUAAUAAUAAUUUAUUAUUUGUACCCCGCCCAUCUGGCUGGGUUUCCCCAGCCACUCUGGGCGGCUUCCAACAAAGAUUAAAAAUACAUCAAAAUGUCACACAUUAAAAACUUCUCUGAAGAGGGCUGCCUUCAGAUGUUUUCUAAAUGUCAGGUAGUUGUUUAUCUCUUUGACAUCUGGUGGGAGGGUGUUCCACAGGGCGGGUACCACUACCGAGAAGGCCCUCUGCCUGGUUCCCUGUAGCUUUGCUUCUCGCAGUGAGGGAACCGCCAGAAGGCCCUCAGUGCUGGACCUCAAAGUCCGGGCAGAAUGAUGGGAGUAGAGACGCUCCUUCAAGUAUACUGGGCCGAGGCCGUUUAGGGCUUUAAAGGUCAACACCAACACUUUGAAUUGUGCUCGGAAAUGUACUGGGAGCCAAUGUAGGUCUUUCAGGACCUGUGUUAUGUGGUCUCGGCAGCCGCCCCCAGUUACCAGUCUAGCUGCCACAUUCUGGAAUAGUUGUAGUUUCCGGGUCACCUUCAAAGGUAGCCCCACGUAGAGCGCAUUGCAGUAGUCCAAGCGGGAGAUAACUAGAGCAUGCACCACUCUGGUAGUGCUUCCCUUGCCCUCUGUAUCAGCCCUUUGCUCCUUGGGAGAAACCCUUGUAGCUUGUGGCGCUGGGCCUGGCUAGCACAGUUCAAUGUGGUGCCAGUGAAGGGGCUCUGUGAGCCAGGAAACCCCACCCCAGUUUAAAUCAGGGGAUGGGGAACCCCCAGUUUAAACUGGGAGAUGGGGAACCCCCAGCCUGCAGGCCUAAUUGUGUUUAGUGAGGGUCCUAAUUAGGUCUGGCAAAGCCGUUGCCCUCCAACACACACACCCCUGCCUCUGGCUGGAUGCAGAGGAAUGUUGGGGGGCACCAGCUGGGGAACCCCCAAGGGAAGAAGGCUCAGAGCCCAGGGAUUGAUGGUGGGACGUUGAUGAGCGGUCAGAGGCAGAAGAGGGAGCAGGAGGUGUGAGAAGCUGAAGAGGUAACAGGGUUUAGUGAGCAGGAAGAGGCUACGACAGAGAGCAGUCCAGAAUCAGAAGCGGAAGCUGGAGAGGGGCAAGAGGCAGAGAUGAGAUGGCAGCUGAAGAAGGCAAUGGGUCUCCCCCUUCUGCUGUUACAAACGGCCCUCCCGCCUGGUCUCCCAGGACCAGAAGAGGUAUGCAGAGGGCAGAGCAGAGACAGACGUGGUGGCAGAGUCUCAGAAUGCUUGGGAAAGACCCAGGGGAGUAGGCAUCUUAGGGAGCGGUGGGAAGGAGGGGACCUUCAGUCCUCGCAGUUGCCUCAUUGGGGCAAGACCUACUGGGAAGAGUUGCUGUUCUCACUAGGCCUAGUCUCCUGAGCUUUGUUUCUUUGAAUAAAGAGUCAAUGUCACUGAUGCCAUGUGAGUUAUCACUGACCUGCAACUGGCCCCCGCUUCAGGCACUGUCCCAUAUGUCAGUGGUUCUCAACCUGUGGGUCCCCAGAUGUUGUUGGACUACAGUUCCCAUCAUUCCUAGCCAGCAUGACCAGUGGUCAGGGAUGAUGGGAGUUGUAGUCCAAAAACAUCUGGGGACCCACAGGUUGAGAACCACUGCUAUAUAUGAUGGCAGGUAAAGAACAGUUCCCCACUAAUGGGCUGCUCUCUGUAGCGAUCAGCUGAAAGGUACUGUGAGCAGCCCCUGUAUAGGCCGGCACCAAUCAGCUGAUGGGCACUGAUGGGCACUGAGAGGGAGUCCCUUUGAGGUCGCCUCUGGAUCUCGUGAUGGUGUCAGGUGAUGGACAGGUGGGUGGCUCCACCCAUCUAAUAAUGUAGUCCCAUUGUAGGUGGGGGGUGGUAAGAAUCUUCUGGUUGGGUUAAAUCAAGGGGCAGGGAACCUAGGUCCCUCCAGGUGAUGAUGGACUCUGCAACCCAUUUUUCCUUUCCAUUGCAGGCUGGGCCUGAUGCUUAUCCAGAGGAAUGUGCGCAAGUUCUUGCAGAUGCGCUACUGGGGCUGGUGGAAGCUGUAUAACAAGGUGAGGCCAAGCAACCCAGUUCAGCACUGUGGGUCCAAGAGGGGAGGAGCUGGCUUGGUGACCAGGGCAAUUCUGGAAAACAAGGAAACAGGAGGAGAAUUUAUCAGCCCCUUUGUUUGAUGCUAAGGAGUCCCAUUGUGAGUUUUGGUUAAUUAUUGACAGGGCAAAAGGGAAGGAGCCGUUUCCCAUAUGAAGGAACACCCUGAAAAGAAGCUGGGGUUUUUCAGUACAACAUGGGAGCCGUGUGAAGCGCAAAAUGUAUUUUUUUAAAAAAAAUUUGCACGGCGUCAUGAAAAUGCCUUGGAGAUUUGUUUCUAUUAAGCAGUUUAUAAAUUUCAUUAAUUAACCAAAAUAAGAGGUUUCCUUUCGUUCGUUUCUAUAUUCUAAAAAUGAACAGGUACGUGGUUUUUCAGCAGAGAGACCCCAAAGCAGCUCACCAUUAGUAGUUAAAAUCCAACCUGAAAAACCCAGAAUGGCUUGGAUCCAGAGAUCCUGUGAGCAAAAUGCUGGUGGAAUUGAAAGGAAGGCUAUUCCCCGCCCUCCACUUAAUUCCCCCCUGCGCUGUAGUGUCAUAUCGAGGAAGAUUCUUGUUAUCUCGAGGAGCUUGGGAUGGUGCCCACUGUUUGCUGCUCACAUGCCCCCAUAAUACUUAGAAAUCCUGCAUGUCUGGGCCUUUAAGUGACUCACUCUGUUUACGCCUUGUUCUAUUGAGUUGGCACUGUGUCAGGAUGCUAAUCUUUUAAGAUAAGGCUGGACUAAAGCGCCUGGAAUAAGGGAGUUAUUUCUGUUAACUUCCUGCCAAUAUUGGUUAGUCUUUCACUCUGGUGGGAAAUAGAUGUGCUACCCAGACACCAGCUAUGGCUUAUGUAACAGCAUCAGUUACUUUGGUUGGAAUGGAUGUACUGUACAGUAGAGUGUUGCAGGAAUUUAUGUAUAGGUUGGGGUGGGUGGGUUGCCCCUCCAGCAGAUAUCAUGCACAUGCAGCCCACUACCAAAAUCAGCACAAUCACUUUUGUGACUUUUGUGAUUUGUCCCCACAAAACGCUUCAUCACAGUUUCUUACAAAUGUGACAAUUCACUGAUAAAUGUAUCUAUGUACUGGCUCACUGGGAAAACUUCAGAAAUUCAUAUAGACAUGUGAGCUCAGCUACUCAUCAGCCCCUCUGCCUGAGUGAUAAUUCCUGGCAUCCUGAUACCUGAGUGCCAGACAGGUAGCCAUUCCAGAAAUAACAAACCCAGUUGAAGACAAAAGGGUGUAAUUAACUUGGCUGGGAAACAGGGAAAUGUAAAUAUCUCUUUUGUUACACUUGAUGGGUGUUUGGUGGAGGGCAAGGAGAACCAUGGGGCAGGGUCCAGGAUGCUCAGAUUACUGCCACCAGACCUCCCCUUUCAUGAUGUAACCGUGAUGUAUUAGUGGUGUAGUUUGGGGGGGUGUAACAUGGGGAUUAGCAGCUAAUAAAAGUUUGGGUUCUCCUUUGUUCGGGGCUUCCAUCUUGUUCCACCUGGUGGCAGGUGGGAGUCCUGUGGCGACAGUCUUCAAUAAAGACCAAGCCUACUGGCUGCUGUUUUGCUCUGGUAUUCCUGGCUGGUGUCUUUGUUUUUUGUCCAAGGGAGCCCUCAGAUUUAUCUGUUAACAAUAGAAGCCCCCAAAACACAUUUGUUAGGGAGAACUGCUGCACAGGCUGGACCUCGGAAGUUCUGUGCACCAGUUACCCCUCCAAUACCAUCUUCAGGCUACACACCUGUAUAAGAGAAUAACAGUGCUUUGUAGCUUCUUUGGGCUAUUUAAUAAAAUAUUUAGCCUUCAUCUGAAUGUUCAUUGUGUUCCAAAUCAUUUUUAAAAAUGCCUCUUUGGCAAUGCCUACAUCUCUCUCACAUCUGUUCCAGAAGAUCCCAUGGAACAAAGUAGGGGGUGAUGUUGGUUAGGGGGGGAACUGGCAAAGUUCACCUCUCUCUCUCCACGCCCCCCCCCCAUCAGAAGGACCCUCUGCUGCAUAAAAGAUCCUUCUGCAACGGGAAGGAACUUUACCGUUUGUGGAAGAGCAAGCCUGGAUCUAAGAAUUUUGAUUUGCUGAGUUAUUAUGGCAAGGCAGGGAUGGGCAACCUGCCUGCCCCCCCCCCCGAUGCUCACUUUGUGGCCCCGGGUCCCCUUCCCCAUAGGUCAAACCUCUGCUGAAUGUGGCCCGGCAAGAGGAGGAGAUGAAAGCAAAGGAGGAGGAGCUGAGGAGCGCCAUGUCCAAGACGCAGGAGCUGAUGGACCGGGUCAAAGAGCUGGAAGAAAAGACAAACACCCUCAGCCAGGAGAAGAAUGACUUGACCAUCCAGCUGCAGGCCGUGAGUCAACAAAACACUUUGCAGGGCAGGGGUGAGAAAGCUCUGGCUUGUGGGACCAACACGGCCUCCAAGCCUCUCUAGCUGGCCCUUGGAACUCUUCCCGGGCCAAGCCUCUAAUCCGUCUCGCAUCACAUCCUCAUUUAGUGUUUUUGCUUGGCUGGAACAUGUCUUUUGAACUCAAGUAAUGACAUUACUAGGGACGCGGGUGGCGCUGUGGUCUAAACCACAGAGCCUAGGACUUGCCAAUCAGAAGGUCAGCGGUUCGAAUCCCCGCGACAGACGGGGUGAGCUCCCGUUGCUCGGUCCCAACUCCUGCCAACCUAGCAGCUCGAAAGCACAUCAAAGUGCAAGUAGAUAAAUAGGUACUGCUCCGGCGGGAAGGUAAACGGCGUUUCCAUGCACUGCUCUGGUUCGCCAGAAGCGGCUUAGUCAUGCUGGCCACAUGACCCAGAAGCUGUACGCCGGCUCCCUCGGCCAAUAAAGCGAGAUGAGCGCCGCAACCCCAGAGUUGGUCACGACUGGACCUCAUGGUCAGGGGUCCCUUUACCUUUAAGGUAGUCUCUAUGGGAGUAUAUUGAAUUUAAUUAUUGGGUAUCAGACUUUUUAGGGGGCUAACAAGGCUGGGAUAGCUGGGUUAGCAGGCUUGUUGGUUUCUGAAUGCCUGACGUAGAUUUUCAAUUUUGUUGUUCUGUAUGGGACAAUGACAAUAAAGAUUAUUGUAUCGUGACAAAAAUGUUUUCGCCCCGGGUACCACCUGACCUUGCUACGCCUCUGGUCCAGCUGUGGUGGCACUGCAUAGCCAUCAUGGCUGGUAACCAUUGAUAGCCCUCUCCUUCAUGAAUUUAUCUAAACCCUCUUUUAAAGCCACCCAAAUUGAUGACCGCCUCCUGUGGGAGUUGAACACUGAAUCUUCCAACAUUCAGCUUCAUUGGAGGGAUGUGGCAGUAGCAUCCGGGAAGAAAUGGUCCUUGGGUCACCAUUUGCCUGUCCCCCCUUUCAGGAGCAAGAGAAUCUGAUGGAUGCUGAGGAACGCCUGACCCAAAUGAUGAAAUCCAAGAUGGACCUGGAGAGUCAGGUCUCAGAUAUGAAAGAACGCUUGGAGGAGGAGGAAGGUGCAGCUGCGUCUCUGGGCGCCAACAAGCGCAAACUGGAGGGAGAGCUCAAUGAUCUCAAGAUGGACCUUGAGGGCCUGGAAACCACCCUCGCCAAGACAGAGAAAGAGAAACAGGUAAGUCUUCCUUGAACCUGUCGCCAAACAGGAAAUCUAUUUUGGACAUCCUUUCUCGAUGCAGACUCUUCAGUUGCUAUUGGGUUGGGGGGAACUUGUGGCUUUUCAACAGUUAAUAAUUUCUGCCUAAAACAUCCAAAGGAGGAGAGUGGAUAAAGUUCAGUGCCAGAGAUUUGAGUUUCGAUCUUGUGGGAUCCUGAUAAAAUGGCAGGUUCCCUCUUUCGGUUGGCACCUGGUCUUGGAUUUUGCAAUGGCUAAACAAACUGAGUUGUGGUUGGGCCUACAUUAUUAGGUCUCCCUUCUCCCCUGCAGGCUUUGGACCACAGAGUCAGGACCCUGACCACGGACCUUUCGGCACGGGAAGACGCUGUCACCAAACUCCAGAAGGAGAAGCGGGCUCUGGAGGAGUUGCACCAGGUAAGAAAGCCCAGUCGCAAGCUGUACCAUAAGGACAAAACAGAAAAAGAUAAAUAUUUAUAGGCUGUCUCCUGAGGAAAUCGCUCUCAGGAGACCUUGUGCCACAUCUGCAUUAUACAUUUGAAGCACUGCUACACCAUUUUGACAGGCAUGGCUUCCUCCAAAGAAUUCUGGGAAGUGUAGUUUGUUGCAGGUGUUUAUUAGGAAGAAUUGUCACUUAAAAUGCAGAUGAAUUUUCCUGAUUAUUAUUAUUAUUAUUUUAAAUGAAACUGCAAAUUCCUGCAGAAAUUCAAGACUGGAAAAAUGAGCAACUGAGAGAAAUGAAAGGGACCGAUUUGUGUGAAUCCCUAUCAGGAUGCUGCCAACACUUGUGCUGUGUCUAUUGGGGGGUGGUGGGUGUUUGUGUGUGUGUGUGACUUCUGUCAAAAUUUCUAGAGCCAGAAAAAAUUCUUGGAUGGCCAGAUCAGAUCAGAUGGCCUGGUCUCAAAGAGGAACCCCCCUGGCUUCUCUUUAGUUCCCUUUGGCCAUGACAAGUUUCCCUUGUUCUCCAUCUCUCCUUAGAAAACUCUGGACGACCUUCAGGCUGAGGAGGACAAAGUGAAUCAUCUCACCAAAAACAACAGCAAGCUUAGCACCCAGAUACACGAGGUCAGUACCGAUUGGUCGACUGGGGUGCUGUCCUGAUCUGCCAUUGGGCUACGGCAUGCGAAUAACGCCUCGAGAUUCUACACUGUCCCGCCCUAUGCGGAGUGGAUAUGUAAUUGGAAACCAUGUGGCAUUAGCAAAAGCGCAGGUGUGUGUGUGUACGUGGAGAGGGAGGGGCUUGUGACCUCCAGGAGCCCCAAUAACAUACAGUAGAUUCGGGGCAAGCAAAAGAGAUUGUUGCGCCCUCUUCAUUCCUCUUCGUGUUCUGGGAGACCGGUGAGGGCAGAGAGAGCUGGUCACAGCAGGAGGGGGAGACUUCCUGGCUUCUUUAGCGACCUGGUUAAUCUCUGCCUCUUGGCCCCCCCUCCUCUUCAGCCUCUGCUUCUACCUCUGCUUCUGGACUGCUCUCUGCCACAGAAUCUCCCUGCUCACCAAACCCUGUGGCCUCUUCAGCUUCUGACACCUCCUCUUCCCAGGCUUCUCUCUCUUCUCCCUCUGGCCACUCCUUGUCGUCCCACCACCAAUCCCCGGGCUCUGAGCCCUUGGGGUUUCCCCAGCUGGUUCCUCCCACCAUCCCUCUGCAUCCAGCUGAUCCAUGACACUGGCCCACAUGGUCCCCCUGGGAGCUUCAGGGCUGAGUGAAGGUUUGGACCCUCAUCUCCCAAGGUCCUAGUUUGGCACUCCACUACCCCACACUGCCUCCCCGUGGUGUGUCUCCUUUCCGUUGCGCCAAAGGAGUGCCGUAUGUUCCGCCUCAGUGGUUCCUUCCCAUCAUCCUCUUUGCCUUGCUUCCCUUUGUAAUUCCCUUUGGGUUGAUUUCUUCAACCAGCUGGAGGACAACUGGGAGCAGGAGAAGAAGAUUCGUGCUGAGGUGGAGAAGGCCCGCCGCAAGGCUGAGGGUGACUUGAAGAUGACCAUUGAGAACCUCAACGAGAUGGAAAGGGCAAAGCUUGAUUUGGAGGAGGUGGUCAAGAAGUGAGUGAGGGGGUGGAUGAGGCAUGCGACACUGCAAGGAAGGCGUUUGGGAAUUAAAGUAGGAGUGAACUGUGGGUUGGCCAGCAGAGAAACUAAUAAUAAUAAUAAUAAUUUUAUUAUUUAUACCUGCCCAUCUGGCUGGGUUUCCCCAGACACUCUGUGUGCCUUCCAACAGAAUAUUAAAAACACGAUAAAACAUCAAACAUUAAAAACUUCCCUAAACAGGUGAUGUCUUCUAAAAGUCAGAUAGUUGUUCUUCUCUUUGACAUCAGGUGGGAGGGCGUUCCACACCAAGAAGGCCCUCUGCCUGGUUCCCUGUAACCUCACUUCUCACAGGGAGGGAACCACCAGAAGGCCCUCGGAGCUGGACCUCAGUGUCCGGGCCGGACGAUGGGGGUGAAGACGCUCCUUCAGGUAUACUGGGCCGAGGCCGUUUAGGGCUACCCAUAUAUCUGGGGCAGCCAACAAGGUAACAUCCAGGUGUUGUUGAACUCCAAUUCCCAUCUCCCUUAACUAUUAGUCAUGCAGGGGCUGAUGGGAAUCUGAGCCUGACAGCAUCUGGAGGGAAGACACAUUCAAUAUAUCACCAAGAUGUGCUAAGAAAAAGUUGAAGGCACUAAAAACUGUUGCCAUACUAAGUUUUCCUAGACUCCAACUCCCAUAAUCCCUGGGGUUUGUGGCAAUUGGAGUCCAACCACACCCGGAGGGCCACAGCUUGCUAAUGGCUUGUUACACAGAUGUCUCCUAGUGAUAUACAACAUAUUUGAAAACAUAAGUUUAAAUACAUUAUAAUAUUAAUUUGAGAAACGCAAACCUAAAUGCACAUCAAGAUGUACAAAAGAACACCUCACUGUAUCAGCGGCAGGAAGUUUUGGCAAGUACCCUAACAGCAAAAUAAGAGAGCAUCAUCUUAGUCCUGGAGGAAUAAUAGAAUUGCAGAGUUGGAAGGGACCACAACGGUCAUCUAGUCCAACCCCCUGCAAUGCUGGAAUCUUCUGCCCAACGUGGGGCUCAUACCUACAACCCAACAUUAACAGUCUCAUGCUCUACUGUCUGAGCUAAGGUAAGCUUUUUCCUGGCAGUGAAAAGAUAUCUGUGAAGGUGCCAGGCGGACCUUCCUGGGGAGAGUGUCCCACAGACAGGGAGCCACAACAGAGAAGGCCCUCUCCCUUGCCAUGUAUUUGGAAUAGGGAAGUUGUUGCCUUCCAGAUAUUGUUACUUGGAUUGUGUCCAAGGCUGAUGAGAAUUGGAGGCAAACAAUAUUUGGAGAGCCACAGGUCCCCUGUCCCAGGUAUACAUGGCCAAGGUGAUAGGAUUCCUUCUGAUUGAAGAGUCUGGAUUUGAUAUCCUUCUUUAUCACUACCCGAAGGAGUCUCAAAGCGGCUAACAAUCUCCUUUUCCCUUCCUCCCCCACAACCAACACUCUGUGAGGUGAGUGGGGCUGAGAGACUUCAGAGAAGUGUGACUAGCCCAAGGUCACCCAGCAGCUGCAUGUGGGGGAGCGGAGAUGCGAACCCGGUACACCAGAUUACGAGUCCACCGCUCUUAACCACUAUACCACAUCUUCCCUUGCAGGCGAGACAUGGAAAUCAACUCUAUCACCGGCAAAGUGGAAGAUGAGCAGUCCCUGAACUCCACACUCCAGAGGAAACUGAAGGAACACCAGGUAGAAGAGAAAGAGGCUGAGGGAGGCAGAAAGAACAGCCUUCUUUGGUAGCAUUUCUGCUUUUACUCUUUGCCUAAAUACUUCUCCAAGCCUCAUGAUCCUCACAUGUCUUUCUCAUAGGCCCGGAUUGAAGAGCUGGAGGAAGAACUUGAAGCAGAACGUUCCAUAAGGGCAAAGGUAACUUUUUAAACUCCCUUUUCAACAGCAAAUGACAUGAAUCAGUUGUGCACACUGUUGUUAAGCGCUUCGACACUUGCCCUCACAACAAGCCUGUAAGGUAGGCCGUUGCAAUCUCCAUUUUAUAGGCUGGGCAACUGAACCCAGAAGCUAGAUAGUAAUCCGAAGGCCCCCAGGGAGUUCAUGGGCCAAUUGGGACCUGAGCCCAGAUCUCCUGAGCCCGACAUUCAACCCAGCAGAUUGCACUGAGUCUCAUUUAGUGUAGUUACAAUCAGGUACAGUGGUACCUCGGGUUACAUACGCUUCAGGCUUCAGGUUACAUACGCUUCAGGUUACAGACUCCGCUAACCCAGAAAUGGUACCUCGAGUGAAGAACUUUGCUUCAGGAUGAGAACAGAAAUUGUGCUCCGGCGGUGCGGCAGCAGCAGGAGGCCCCAUUAGCUAAAGUGGUGCUUCAGGCUAAGAACAGUUUCAGGUUAAGAACGGACCUCUGGAACUAAUUAAGUACUUAACCCGAGGUACCACUGUACUUGUAAAAACAAAAAAGAAGAAGAAGUUUCAAAUGGGCAACUCUGGAAGUGUUUUGUUUGAAAUCAGCUAAAGAACAAAACAGGAUAUAUCAGCCCAUUAAAGAUGCCUAGGUGGGGUAAUGUAGAGUUCAAUAUUUUCAGAACUAUAGAGUUGAGAGAAACGCCAAGGAUCAUCUGGUCCAAUGCAGGAAUCUCAACUAAAGCAUCCAUGGCAGAUGGCCAUCCAAAUCUCUGCUUAAAAACCUCCAAGAAAGGCGAGUCCACCACCUCCCGAGGGAGACCGUUCCACUGCUCAACAGCUCUUACUUCAGAAAGUUAUUCCUGACGUUUAGUCGAAAUCGCCUUUCUUGUCACUUGAAGCCAUUGGUUUAGGUCCAGAGCAGGGAAAAACAAACUUGCUCCAUCUUCAUAUAUUUGAAGGUGGCUCUCAUAUCUCUUCUCAGUCUCAUCUUGUCCAGGCUAAACGUACAAAGCUAUCAAGCUUCUUCAACUGUUCCUCAUAGUUUCCAGACCCUUGAUCAUCUUGCUUGCCCUCCUCUGCACACGUUUCAGCUUGUCAAUAUCCUUAAAUUGUGGCACCCAGAUGGGGGCUUAGUUUGUCCUUUUAACUGAUGCAUUAGUUAGUAUGUUUACUAUUACAGUGGACCCUCCGGAUACGAACGUAAUUCGUUCCAGGGGUCUGUUCAAACCUGGAAAAUCACAUAAAUAGAGGUGCGCUUCUGCACACACACGCGGCGCAAUUGAGUGCUUCUGUGCAUGCGCACGGGGAGUAUACACUUCUGGGUUUGCUGUGGCUGUAACCCGAAGAUUCUAUAUCCAGAGGGAUACGUAAGUAGAGAUAUGACUGUAUUAUUAUUAUUAAUUAUUCCUAACUACACCGAGCUGUCCAGGGAUCAUCAAGGCAUGUUGGAAGUGCAAAAUUACAUGAACAAACCAGUAUUAAGAUGUGUUCUUUCCCAAACUUCCUUCAGGUUGAGAAGCAGCGCAGCGACAUCUCCCGGGAACUGGAAGAGCUCAGUGACAGGCUGGAAGAGGCUGGCGGGGCGACAACCUCUCAGGUAUGCAGGAGCCAAGACAGAGGAGCCAUUCAACCCAUUACGCAGAUGAAAGGUCAGGGUGGUCACCCGCUCCCUCUAUGCCUUCCUGCCUCCAGAUCGAGCAGAACCGCAAGCGGGAGGCCGAGCUGCUGAAGCUCCGCCGGGAGCUGGAGGAGGCUGCCUUGCAGAGUGAGGCCACGGCUUCCACCCUCCGCAAGAAGCACACGGACGCCAUGGCGGAGAUGACUGAGCACCUUGAGAACCUGCAGAGGGUGAAGUCCAAGCUGGAGAAAGACAAGCAGGUCAUGAAGGCCGAGAUUGAAGACCUCAGCGCCAGCAUGGAGACCAUCCAGAAGUCCAAGGUAGGGUCAGUUUCUCCCGUUUGCAAAGACUUGGGCGCUCUUGAAAAGGUAAGAAGGAUGUGAGAACCUCUUUGCUUUAUAUACCAUCCACUCCACGUCUUCUGCAGAUGAAUGCUGACGCUCAUGUCCGCAAGCUGGAAGACAACCUGUCUGAAGCCAACGCAAGGCUGGCCGAGAUGGAGAAGAACCAAGCGGAAAUUAAUGCGAUCAGGAGCAGGCUCCAAGGUCAGGAUCUUUCUGGACUGAUUCGGUUGCCUGCAACAUUGCGUCCAACUCAUUCUUGGGCUGGAUCUAUACUGAUUGUAAAAACGCUUUUAAAUUGUUAUAUAGCUCUCAAUGCAAUUUUACAUUACAUUGCUCUACAGCACCCUCUGGUGUCACAUGUUUAUAACGAAUUUACAGUAGUACCUCAGGUUACAUACGCUUCAGGUUACAUACGCUUCAGGUUACAGACUCCGCUAACCCAGAAAUACUACCUUGGGAUAAGAACUUUGCUUCAGGAUGAGAACAGAAAUUGUGCUCCGGCGGCGCGGCAGCAGCGGGAGGCCCCAUUAGCUAAAGUGGUGCUUCAGGUUAAGAACAGUUUCAGGUUAAGAACGGACCUCCGGAACGAAUUAAGUACUUAACCCGAGGUACCACUGUAUUACAUUUUAACUGACUAGUUCAGGCUUCCUCAAACUCGGCCCUCCAGAUGUUUUGAGACUACAGUUCCCAUCAUCCCUGACCACUGGUCCUGCUUGCUAGGGAUCAUGGGAGUUGUAGGCCAAAAACAUCUGGAGGGCCGAGUUUGAGGAAGCCUGGACUAGUUAGUUAGUCCUUGGUUUUCAUAUGCUGCUUAGCACUGCAGCAGACCUUUCUCCUUUAUCUCCCUUCCUUUUCCUUCGUUCUCAGGCUUCUUACAUGUCAGGUGUGGGGAAAGGCUGGCCCAUUGGUCCGUUUCCCCCAAACCAUGCUUUUCAAGUGAUGCCAGGAUUUAACCCUCGCUCAUCAGCAGAUGAACUGGAAUAAAAUCAUGCUCAGUUUGUCAGCAUUCCAAGCAAUCCCUUUCCUGAUUCAGGAAGGGAUUUAAUAUAGGAUCAUAGUUGCAAGGGAACACAAGGGUCAUCUAGUCCAACUCCCUGCAAUGCAGAAAUAUUUUGCCCAACGUGGGGUUUGAACUCACGACACUGAGAUUGAGAGUCUCAUGCUCUACUGACUGAGCUGUCCCCAGGUUGUGUGGAAACCUCUGCUAUAAAGGAAAGCUUUCCCCCUUUUGUUUUAACCGAGGAUUCCAGUGCAACUCCCUUCUUGAAUCAGGAGGCAUUGGAAUCUUGCUAAAAUUGAAGGGCUAUCAAACAUCCCAGAGCUGCUCUCCCAGCCUCUGAAAACCAGAGACUGAAACACCAGCACAAGGCUGCUUUAAAGCCCUUUGCAAAAGGGCUUUCAAGCAGCCCACAGCCACUGUUGGAACCUCCAGAGGAGUGCAGGGCUGCUUGAAAGCUCUUUUGCUGGCUUUCAUUCUUUUUUACGGGCUUUCUUUGGCUGUGCACACCUGUUCCCAGAAGGGAACUGGCAGGCACAGCCGACGCAGCAGGAUUUAACCCCUGCUCAAUCGCUGACAAGCAGGUGUUAAGGUCUGCUGUUUUGCGUGGCAAGUUCCCGCCUCCCCCCAGUAGGAAUAAAGACACACAACACCGUUAUUUUAGGUUAAUGGGCUAAAAAUGGCCACAACUUUAUUGGUUACAGGUGAUGAGCAGUAUUGGCUUAGGCAUUGGUCCUAACCGACUAUAUCCGACUUCAGCCCGUCCGCUUGAAGUCCGGGAAGGGUUAACAACCAGUAGAGGGAGUCCUGCUGAUGCACAUCAACUAGGAACUCCCCCGGGGUCACCAAUAGGGGGCGUGCCUUAGGCCCUCACCUCCUUAGGCUUUGGACAGGGCCACGCCCCCCGGAACCCUUUAUCGGACUACCCUUCAAUAUGCGGGGGAGGUGAUGGCGCUUCCUCCCCCCUUCCAUCUACAUAACAAUACCCAUACCAAUGCCUAACCGCCAAUGCCGAGGAAGUUGUGACGAUUUGCUACGAGGUAAACGAAAAACCAAGUGGCUGGUGCCAAUUUGCCAAGUGGAAAAAUUCCUACCAGGCCCCUUAACGGCGACCAACCGAGGUCCAUAGCAAGGUCAAGGAACGAAAACCUUAAAGGGCGGGAGGGUGGGGAAACCGGGGCAGCUGGAAGGCGGCAAAGAGGGAGAUCCCCGGCUGCGGCUGCCUUAAAUAGCGCAGGCCACACCCCCUGGGCCAGCCGAUGACGUGGCUGAGGAUUCCCCUAAUCGCGUGGAGGCUGAGAGCCAGUCCCCGCGUGCGUGGAGAAGGCGUGAAGCCCACAACACCACCUCCUCCCUAGGUUGGAAGUGGCUUUGUUGUGUGCACACAUGUUCCCGUCUGGCACAGCCAAAGCAAGCAAGCAAAAUGUAGCAUCUUUCUUCCCUCGUCAACCCUGUGAUUGACGUCUCUCCAAGCGUGGUGCUUAGGGCCAGCAAUGCACUUAGGAACCCCAGAACAAAGGGGUUUGACAGGUGACCAGACCACCCACCAGCCAGUCGUGUGACACCACACAACCAUGUGAUGUCAACCCACCUGUCAAAUUUGGCUCGUAAGGCAUAAAGAUUCCCCGCCCCUAUCGCAGACCCUUGAACCUGGGCUUUCCCCCUACUCUCUGCUACAGCUGAGAACAGCGAGCUGAGUCGGGAGCACGAGGAGAGCCAGACGAGGCUGAACCAGAUUCUCCGCGUCAAGACAUCCCUCACCUCCCAGGUGGACGACUUCAAGAGGCAGCUGGACGAAGAGUCCAAGGUAAAGAUGGGUGAAUAAUUGUAUUGAAAAACAUGCAUGACUCAUCCAGAACUGCUGACCAGCGCCCCCUUGGGAUGAAUGAGAGUCCACCAGCUUCUGAGGGUGUCUAGCAGUGAAUGAGAGCCCACCACCUUCUGAGAGAGUCUAACAUUGAAUGAGAGUCCACCACCUUCUGAGGGUGUCUAGCAAUGAAUGAGAGUCUACCACCUUAUGAGGGUGUCUAGCAGGACUGAGGGAGUCUAGCAAUGAAUGAGAGUCCACCACCUUCUGAAGGAGUCUAGCAGGACUGAAGGAGUCUAGCAAUGAAUGAGAGUCUACCACCUUAUGAGGGUGUCUAGCAGGACUGAGGGAGUCUAGCAAUGAAUGAGAGUCCACCACCUUCUGAGGGUGUCUAGCAGGACCAGUGGUCAGGGAUGAUGGGAAUUGUAGUCCCAAAACAGCUAGAGGCCCAAGUUUGGGAAACACUGAUGUAAAUUGUAGCCCAACAUCUGAAGGGUCACAGCUGAGCUACUCCUGGUGUGAAGAGUGUAUCUAUGGACCUCUCCACACACUGUGAUCACCUGGGCUUACCAGGGUCGAGCCACGUAGGGCUGAAUGGCAGGGUAGAAAUUUUAAGUAGAGGAACUAAACGGGAGACCGUACUAAGCAGCUACGGCUUUGGUGUCUGUAGGCCCGGAGCGCCGCCGUGGUAAGUCUGGCCAACACCAAACACGACCUGGACCUGAUCAAAGAGCAGCUGGAGGAAGAGCAAGGCGGCAAAGCAGAGCUGCAACGCUUGGUCUCCAAGCUCAACACCGAAGUCACCACGUGGAGGACCAAAUAUGAAACGGAUGCCAUUCAGAGGACAGAGGAGCUGGAAGAGACUAAGUGAGCCUGAUUUUGGGGAGAGGGAGGGGGCUCCUGGUCAACCUUCUGAGGGUCAUAUGCUAGUGUUGGUCAGGGCCAGAGACAAGUGGGUGGAACAAUACAUGUAAAUUAUACUUUUGUACAGUAGGCACAGCGGGCGGCGCUGUGGGUUAAACCACAGAGCCUAGGACUUGCCGAUCAGAAGGUAGGUGGUUCGAAUCCCUGCAAGGGGGUGAGCUCCCGUUGUUCGGUCCCUGCUCCUGCCAACCUAGCAGUUCGAAAGCACGUCAAAGUGCAAGUAGAUAAAUAGGUACCACUCUGGUGGGAAGGUAAACGGUGUUUCCGUGCGCUGCUCUGGUUCGCUGUACGCCGGCUCCCUCAGCCAAUAAAGCGAGAUGAGCACCGCAACCCCAGAGUCGGCCACGACUGGACCUAAUGGUCAGGGGUCCCUUUACCUUUACCUUUACAGUAGGCACACACAAACCAUCGCCUCUUUCUAUCCUCUGUCCAGGCAAGGGAAGGGGAUUAUCAACAACCCUUUCCAACCACAGGAAAAUACUCAAGCAGGGUGCAAAGCAGAGCUGGCCUGAAGUUGUCCCAAGGGCCAGACAGAGAAGGAAUGUAGGAACUGGGCCUUUGGUGUGUUGGCACCUUCCCUGGAAUAUGAGACAGACGCUGUCCGUGGCGGAGGAAGAGGAAUGCGGGGGGAGCACACCACCCCCGGAAGCACGAUCCCUUUAGGGUGCCAUCACGGCUGCCCCCCGCCUGUGCUGGGCACUACACCCCCGGGAUGCGUGCCAGCCCCUGCCCCUGCCUGCUCUCAGCCCCCCGGUGCUGGAGCAUGAAGCUCAGCCACUGGACACUGUCGCUGCCGUCUUUCCAUUCCUUUCCUCUUUCAACAAGUCUUUUAAGCAGAGAUUUCCCCCAGUCUGAAUUUGUACUGGAACUAUUUUUAAAACUCUAUUUAUAUGUGGAAUUGCGUUGAAAUGUUUGUGUGUGUUUUUUUUAUAAAUGGAAGUGCUUUCAAUUGCUCUUUGUUUUCUGGUUGUUCAUAGUUUUAUUUGUUUGAUAACUUUUCAUUCUGUUGUCGCCUGUGCUGGGACAAAGGUCCAUAACAAACACAACACCUCCCCUGCUCUUUAUGGUGUCCAGUAUCUAUCUUGGGGAAUAGCCGAUGUGCCGUCCACAUGUUGCUGGAACUCCCAACAGUCGUCUGCCCCUGCCAGCCUGGUUAGGGCUGAUGGGAGUUGUAGUCCAGCAACAUCCGAGGUGCCAGAGGGUCUCCCAUCCCCGCAUGGAGGCCUUUAAGACAGGCACUUUGAAUUUAGUCUGGAAAUCGGCUUGGAGUGAGUGCGCCCAAUGCAAUUGUGUUGCAGCCUUCUCUGCUGUGGAACGGCCUCCCCAGAUUAGUUCACCUGGCGCCUUCUUUACAGUCAGAUCCAGAUAUCUCCAUCCUCAUCCCUGUAGAGGGGUCCGGGGAAGUGCAUAGAAGCACAUCUCCAGUUAUGGGCCUGUCUGAGAGCCAGGAAGGGAUGCAACAAUGUUGCUUUGGAAGGAUGAUUGUGUCACCUACGGUAUUAAAUCUGCAACCGAUGCAACGCUGACAUGCAUUCUCGUGUCACGGUGUCUUCUUCCAGGAGAAAGUUGACUGCCCGGCUCCAGGAGGCAGAGGAGACGGCUGAAACGGCUCAAGCCCGGGUGGCCAGCAUGGAGAAGAACAAGCAGAGGCUGCAGAUGGAAGUGGAAGACCUCACUCUGGAUCUUGAGAAGGUAUCCAAUUCGCAAUUCCCAAAACUGUUUAGGGAAGUUUUUAAUGACUGAUGUUUUAAUGCAUUUUUUAAUCUUUUGUUGGAAGCCGCCCAGAGUAGCUGGGGAAACCCAGCCAGAUGGGCGGGGUAUAAAUAAUAAAUUAUUAUUAUUAUUAUUAUAGUCAUACCUCAUGUUAUGUUUGCUUCAGGUUGAACGUUUUCAGGUUGCGUCCCGCGACGACCCGGAAGUACCAGAAAGGGUUACUUCCAGGUUUCGCCAGUUGCGCAUGUGCAGACGCGCAAAAUGAUGUCACGCGCAUGCGCAGAAGUGGUGAAUCGUGACCCGCGCAUGUGCAGACACGGGUUGCGUUCUGCUCAUGUUGCAAAUGGGCCUCCGGAACGGAUCCUGUUCGCAACCAUAGGUACCACUGUAUUAUUAAAUGCCCUGCUUGACUUUCUCUCCCCAGGCCAAUGCAGCCUGCGCAGCCCUGGACAAGAAGCAGAGAGCCUUUGACAAGAUGCUUGCGGAGUGGCACCAGAAGUGCGAGGAGCUGCAGUUGGAGGUGGACAACUCCCAGAAGGAGUGCCGCAUGUACAUGACGGAAAACUUCAAGCUCAAGACAGCCUAUGAGGAAUCCUUGGAGCACUUGGAAUCUGUGAAGAAGGAUAACAAGACUCUCCAGGGCAAGUGUUUCCGGGGCUGUGGAUUCUCUGUGUUAGGAAAUAGGGUGGAGACAAGCUAUGGUUCAGUUCCAAUUGGCAGGCAAACUGAUCUAAUUAUCACUUUCUGAAAUACAAGACACGGACAGAAUACAGCCCUUCUUCGAAAUUUGUGCUUCCAUGAAUUUUGCCUUGCAUUUCUUAAGCAAAGUAACACAUGAGAGCCAGUGUAGUGUAGUGGUUAAGAGCGGUGGACUCGUAAUCUGGUGAACCGGGUUCACGUCUCCGCUCCUCCACAUGCAGCUGCUGGGUGACCUUGGGCCAGUCACACGUCUCUGAAGUCUCUCAGCCCCACUCACCUCACAGAGUGUUUGUUGUGGGGGAGGAAGGGAAAGGAGAAUGUUAUCCGCUUUGAGACUCCUUCGGGUAGCGAUAAAGCGGGAUAUCAAAUCCAAGCUCUUCUUCUUCAUCUCCAAAAAUGCAUAUCCUAGAGCAGGGGUCGGCAAGGUGUACCUCGGGCAAGGUGUACCUCGCCUGGGCCGGUUCACUCCCGGGAGAUCGCUCCGUGGGCCAGAUCGUGUCUGCGCCCACAGAAGCGCUGCAGAAGCGAGUCUCCGCUCCGCACUGUGCCGGUUUAGCGCAGUGUGCAGGGACUCGCCGAGCAGGUGGCUUGUUUCGGGGGUGGCUCGGGGGGCAUUUAAAUGACCCCCAUGGGCUGCCUGUGGCUGUUGGGCCGCAGGUUGCUGACCUCUAUCCUAGAAUAAAGUGUGUAAAGGUAAAGGGACCCCUGACCAUGAGGUCCAGUUGUGGCCGACUCUGGGGUUGCGGCGCUCAUCUCACAUUAUUAGCCGAGGGAGCUGGCGUACAGCUUCUGGGUCAUGUGGCCAGCAUGACUAAGCCGCUUCUGGAGAACCAGAGCAGCGCACGGAAACGCUGUUUACCUUCCUGCCGGAGCGGUGCCUAUUUAUCUACUUGCACUUUGACGUGCUUUCGAACUGCUAGGUUGUCAGGAGCAGGGACCGAGCAAUGGAAGCUCACCCCGUAGCGGAGAUUUGAACCGCCGACCUUCUGAUCGGCAAGUCCUAGGCUCUGUGGUUUAACCCACAGCGCCACAUAAGUGAAAAUAAACAUACAAAAUGUAUUUCAUUGGAGGAAACCACAUACAAAUGUGUGCCUGUUAGGCAAAACUACAUGCAAAAAUUGCUUCUUAGGAGAGAUUCGCACUCAAACGUUGAUGGGUUUUCAUGAGUUGUUUUUAAAUCACAAAUUGGUACGGAAGAAUGAGAAGUGUGGUGGAACGGAAAUGGAGAGAUUUGUACAUCCCCCCCCCCCCCCCGUUUGCAAUGGAAGCAUUGAAAAGAUCUGUGUGUGUGCUUUUCCCCCCCUCAGAGGAGAUUAAAGAUCUGAUUGACCAGCUGGGCGAGGGAGGAAGGAGUGUCCAUGAGCUGCAGAAGAUGAAGAAGAAGCUGGAGCUUGAGAAGGACGAGCUGCAGGUGGCCCUGGAAGAAGCGGAAUCGACCCUGGAGGUAAUGAUUCCUUGUUUACUUAUUAAGCAUUAGUAGGACUUCCCCUGCAUGUGAAGACAGGCUCUGGAGUAUUGAGCAGACAAGACCAGUAGAGGGUCCAGUGGUCAAGAAGGCAGUUUCUGCAUGUGCUGCGGAGGGAACUGAGGGGCACAGGGGGCUUGUCAACCUGGGAAGGCAGCCUGUCUAGGAGAAGGAAAACUCUGAUCCUAAACCUCCAUGGCCUUACGGGAUAUCUUCAGGAGAAGAAAAGGCUAAGGAGUGAAACCUGCACAAAUCCAGAGUGGAGUCCCCAAGACGGUUGGAUGGCGCCUUGUACACCUCCUUCCAGCAACUCCUGCAACCAAGCUGGUGCCAAACGCCUUACUCUGCUUUCCUUUGGACCACAUCAGUGAGGUCAAGGGUGGGUGGGUGCAGCUUGUCAUGUGGGCAGCCCAGGACCUCCAUGCACACCGCCCAGGCUUGCAUCCCGGGGAGGUCACUUUGGUGCUGCAAAUGCAACGGUUUGACUUCACCCUCAGAGGCACACUCCAUUGUGUCUUGAGACAGAUGAACGCCAACACGAAAAAGACGAGCAGCCUAAUUUUUUCAGCAUUUCCAGCCCUGCAAAGAGCAUCGUCAUCCAUAUUCCAUUGGUCUCCUGCUCAGUCAGAGGAAGUGGUGCUUCUGAAGGCCAGUUGCAGGAAACUGCAAGAGGGAGAGUUGCUGUUGCACUUGGGUGGCCCACCAGGUGCCUAUGAGAAGCCUGGAAGCAGGAUCUGAGCAUGACAAUACUCUACACAGCUGCAAUUCCCAGCAUCUGAUAUUCAGAAACAUCAUUGCCUCUGACCAUGGUGGCAGAGAAUAGCCAUAAGCCGGGCUAGUAGCCUUUGACUGAUCCUAAGAUUCGGGACGCGGGUGGCGCUGUGGGUUAAACCACAGAGCCUAGGACUUGCUGAUCAGAAGGUUGGCGGUUCGAAUCCCCAUGACGGGGUGAGCUCCCGUUGCUCGGUCCCUGCUCCUGCCAACCUAGCAGUUCGAAAGCACAUCGAAGUGUAAGUAGAUAAAUAGGUACCGCUCUGGCGGGAAGGUAAAUGGCGUUUCCAUGCGCUGCUCUGGUUCUCCAGAAGCGGCUUAGUCAUGCUGGCCACAUGACCCGGAAGCUGUAUGCCAGCUCCCUCGGCCAAUAAAGCGAGAUGAGCGCCGCAACCCCAGAGUCAGCCACGACUGGACCUAAUGGUCAGGGGUCCCUUUAACUUUACCUUUAAGAUUUGGAUAUGCUAUGACAGGCUUCCUCAACCUUGGCCCUCCAGAUGUUUUGAGACUACAAUUCCCAUCAUCCCUGACCACUGGUCCCACUAGCUAGGGAUCAUGGGAGUUGUAGGCCAAAAACAUCUGGAGGGCUGAGGUUGAGGAAGCCCGUGCUAUGAAGUAGAGAGAAAAUAAUAAUGGUACAUGAAAAAGAAAAUAAGAAUAAGCUUGAUUGGCACCUGAGCGUCUAAGGUAAAGUGUUGGGAGUUAUGUUCCUUUGCCGAGCUUGAAGGGGGUUCCAAGUCCUUUGCCCCACAUCGCUCAGACACCCAUAGCUGAUCGGUCCCUACUAAAGUAGUCAAUAGCUGUUUUCACCUUUAAAGAGCCUGUCAUCCACACAUCUCCUUGUUUCUGCCGACAGGUGGAAGAGAGCAAGCUCAUCCGCAUCCAGCUUGAACUGGCGCAAGUCAAGGCAGACAUUGACAGGAGGAUUCAUGAGAAGGAGGAGGAGUUUGAAGCCACAAGGUAUGGAGCGCAGAACGUGGGCGAGAGGCAGGAAGUGGAAGGUUAAAACUGGGAACAACAAAAAAAGAAGUAUUUGAGAGAGAUGAGGUUCUCCCCUUUUUAAUCUUUGUUUUAAUCCUCACAACCACCCUGCGAGGUAGGUUAGGCAGAGACGGUGGCUAGCCCAAAGUCACCCAAUGUGCUGAGUGGGGAUUUGAACCCUGGUCUCUCUGUCCCUAGUCCAGCACUCUAGCCACUGCUCCACACUGCCACCCAGUGAGCAUUACUUCUCAUUUUAUAGCUGUUCUGUUUGGAACACUUGUUAACUUAUUUGGGAUAUCAGUGGUUGUGGGAUUUUGAGCUUUCCUUGGUCUAGAAAAGUGGCUGAUGGGGUGUGUGUGUGUGUGGUUUUCUUUCUAGUAAACAUUUCUGCAGCCUCCACCGCUGCCAGCAUUCCCCGACCGAUUCGAAAAAGCCCAAAUGGGGAGUUUCCACGACAACUUCCUCUGGCCUUUUAUGGGAGUGCAGGCACCUGGGGAGGCUGUAGAGGGCAGAAUGCGAGGUGAGGAGGUUUAAAAUGAAAGGAAGGAGACUUGGCAAGGUAACUGCAUCAAAAACCCGUAUCCCAUCCAUGAGAUUUUCAUUGACCAUUUCAAUCCUCUUUGAUAAUUUUCAGAUGGCAUUUCUUUAUUCAGUAAUGUACAAUGACGAAAUGCAGGAUAAUUUUUUGGCACAGCACAAAUGUUAUCCUCAUGGCAGUCCAGUGAGGUAGGCUUAGGCAGAGAGAGAGAGAGAGAGGAAGAAAGCGGGGAGAGAGAGAGACAGACAGACAGACAGACAGACUAGUGUAAGAUCCCCAAAUGAGCUUCAUGACUGAGAGGGAUUGAGACACUAGAAGAAGUAAGAAUGGAUAUAGAAACUUAUGGAACAUGCAGAAAUGGCGAAACUUACUGGAAGAAUAAUAAAUCCAGAUAACAAACAUUUUUUUAAAUAAAAGAAUGGAAAUGGUUUAUUGAAUAUUUACAGAUAAAUUGUAAACAGAUAAAAACAUUAGCAGGAUUAUUGUAAUAAACUGCCGUUUUAUAAAAGUAUAUAUUUACAGUUGAUAAUUAAACGAGCAAGUUAAAUGAAUUUGGGUAUGCAGAAGAUAUUAAAAAAUAAAUUUAAGGAACCACAGAAAGAGGGGGGAGGAAGUCAAAUUUUGAAACUUUAAAUUGAUUGUGAAACUAAUGAAAGGUAUAAAUUUGAAAAGUAUAAAUAAAAAACUAAGGGGGGUGGACUGAGACAAAUGGAUGCCUUUGUUCUCCCCGGCAGGAAAAACCACCAGCGGGCCAUUGAGGCUCUUCAAUCCAGCCUGGAACUGGAGGCGAAAGGCCGGGCUGAGGCGCUCCGUCUGAAAAAGAAGAUGGAGACCGACCUGAACGAGAUGGAGAUCCAGCUGGACCACGCCAACAGGAACAACAGCGAGCUGGUCAAGACGCUGAAGAAACUCCAGCAACAGAUCAAGGUGAGAAAAAGAUCACGAGGAAGGGAGGGAGAAGCCAGGCGGAAGAGAAACCGUUGCCUGGAGGGGAUGGUCUUCUGAGGAAAAGCUUUGCAGCUUAACACAAGUUGGAGAAACCCCCGGGUUGCUUGUUUUCCUCAGACAGAGCUGGCAAGGUUGAUCUCAAGACCUUCUGUGGUCUUCUUGCUUGUUCUACCGCUGAGCCAAGGCUCUUGCUCAGUCAAAAUGUGAACCGAAAUGCCUUUCUUUCCAACACCCUACACUGAGCAAUGGCUCUUUUCAGGGCAGAUUAUGUACAGUUUGGCAGAGUUCAGAUUGAGGUGUGGGCAGAUUGGUCUACAACCAGUGUAGAUGAGAUGGAGUUUGAUAGGCCAACAGCUUGACUCAGCCUAAGGCAGCUUCCUAGGUACAGGUUGUAGCUAUCCAAGUUCUGAGAGUAGACCCAUUGAAAUGAGUGGAACUGAGUUAGCCACACCAAACGAUGUUGCUGAUUUCAUUAUUUGUAACCCACCCAUCUGACCAGGUUGCCCCAGCCACUCUGGGCAUAAAAACACAAUAAGACAUCAAACAUUAAAGACUUUCAGACACAGGGCUGCCUUCAGAUGUCUUCUAAAAGGUGUAUAGUUAUUCAUCUCCUUGACAUCUGAUGGGAGGGUGUUCCACAGGGCGGGUGCCACUACUGAGAAGGCCCUCUGCCUGGUUGCCUGUAAUUUCACUUCUCGCAGUGAGGGAACCACCAGAAGGCCCUCGGAGCUGGACCUCAAUGAAUGUGACUAAUAUUAGGUACAGUGCUGUAUGUGCAACCCAUCUUGUGGAUCUGGGGUGGUCCCCAGCCUGACUCCACUGGCUACUUUUCCACCUGCAGGACCUCCAGAUCCAGAUGGACGAGGAUGCCCGCCAGCAUGAAGAGCUCCGGGAACAGUACAACCUCCAGGAGCGCCGCCUCAGCCUUCUCCAAACGGAGCUGGAGGAAGUUCGCACCGGCCUGGAGGGCAGCGAGCGCUCCCGCAAACUGAUCGAGCAGGAGUUGGUGGAGGUCUCCGAGAGGCACAAUGAACUCAAUGUCCAGGUGGGGAGAGAGGAUAGUCACCUGCCUGUCUUGGGUGUGGGUUGGCUGACUAGCUGGGCAGUUUGAUGUGCAGCAUGUUGAACCCAUUGGUGAAACUAAGCAGACGCAUGCCCUGCUUAGACCAGUCAAUGGAGAGCGGUUCAUUAGGGCAAAUGAGGCAGCGCUGCUUCACUAGUCUGACCGCCCUUAGCCAGCCCCUAGAAGUCAUCGACUGGCUGGAUGCAGAGGAAUGAUGGGAGGAACUGGCUGGGGAACCCAGAACGGAAGGAGGCUCAGAGCCUGGGCAGUGGUGGUGGGAUGCCGCCGAGUAGUCAGACUGGGAAGAGGACGUGUCGGAAGCUGAAGGAGUAACAGGGCUUAGUGAGAUGGGAGAGUCUGUGGCAGAUAGAAGUCCAAAAUCAGAGGCAGAAGCAGGAGAGGAGAGAGGUCAAGAGGCAGAGGUGAGCCCAGGUGGUGAAGAGUCAUGGGUGUCUCUCCCUCCUGCUGUGACAAAGCUACCCUCCCUGCUGGUCUCCCAGAACCAGCAGAGGCAUGAAGAGGGUGGAGGAGAAAUUAGCCUCAUACAGGAACAGUCUCAAAUUGUUUGGGGAAAAACCCUGGAGAUGAGGGGACAGCUGUGGGGAGGUGGGGACUUUCAGUCUUGGCAACUGAUUUAUGUCUAAGACCUAACGGGAAGGAGCUGCUUUGCUUGUUAGGCCGCACUCUCCGCCCAGUCUGUGAAGAUAAUGUUUUGGCAAAUAAAGAGUUAACUCCAAGCUUGAAUGGUGUGAUUUACUGCCGGCUUACUCUUUGAUACUGUCCAUCUGCCGUCUAACUUGCCGCCAGUCCAGAUGGUGGCACUCCCUGUCGACUUUCCUCCUUAGUCGCAUUAUAGCCCCUUGCAGAACUCAGCAGGGAGGCAGGGACAAAACUAGACUAAGCUGGCUCUGCCUGUCACUGGUUUUGGUGCUGCCUGUUGUUGUUCUCCUUGCUUUCUGUCCUAUCAGGCCCAGUGGGCACUGGCCAUCAUUACAGGCAACUGUCUCAAAGCAUGCAAUAAAAAAGAAGCAUUCAGGCACCAGAACAGGCAGUCUGGCUCUGCAUUUCUGCGACGACGUACGCAAUUGCUUAUCCCAAACUCUUCUUUUCCCUCUGCAGAACCAAAGCCUGCUGGUGAUCAAGAGGAAACUGGAAUCUGACCUCCAGCGCAUCACUAAUGAUCAUGAGGAGCUCAUCAGCGAGUUCCGAACGGCGGACGAGAAAGCAAAGAAGGCAGUGGCUGAUGUGAGUUGCAUCCCUGCCGAAUAAGGCUCAGUGAUAAUUAUAGCCUAUUAUUUUUAUGGUGGCAAAUACAAAGGGAUUGUGAGGUUAAAGGAUGAGGAAUCUCUUGCUCUUCAUUCAUGUUUGUUUAUUUUUUAAUCACACCUCAGUCAACUCCAGGCUAUCACUAUUUUGCAGAAGGGACUGUGCACCGAAAAUUAAGGUUUGCACAAUUAAAUUGGAUUAAAGUGAUCUGGCACAACAUUUUUUUUAAAAAAACACCAGGUUAUUUGCAGUUAGGAAAGUGAUGGGGAAAGUAAACAGAGACCAUCAAAUAGACGGCAUUGCCUCACUUUCCCACAAAGAUAUCAGGAUGCACACUCAAUAAACAGGAUGAGGCCAGCUACUUGUGUUCCACAGCCCUGAGUAUCACUCAACAUUCCCCUUCCUUCUGUUAGGCUGAUCUGAAUACAUGAGAUGGAGCCGAGUUCUGACGCUUGCUGCUCUUGGUGAUUCUAAUACAUACUUCUUACCCUCCCCACCCAUUCCAGGCGACCCGCAUGGCAGAGGAGCUGCGCCAGGAGCAAGAUCACUCCAUGCACCUGGAGAGGAUUAAGAAGAACCAUGAGGUCACCAUAAAAGACCUGCAAGUCAAGAUGGAGGAAGCUGAGCAAAUGGCCCUGAAAGGAGGGAAGCGAACCAUCAUGAAGCUGGAGACCAAGGUAGGAGGAUGCUUCCCCUUUGCCUCUGACCUCGUCCCCAAAAUAUGUUUCCAGACCAAAGAUGCACAGAGAGGUGCUGAAUCUUCAUAUUAACCCCAGACCUGCCGGGAGCAGAGAACCCUAAGGGCCGCAGAAAAGGCAGUUAAGAGGAGAAAUCAUUACUUAUUUUUAAAUCGGCAUCCGUCUCAAGAGACAAUGGAGUGUGCUUCCAGGGGUGGAGUCAAACUGCUGUUAGCAGCACCAAAGCGACUUCCCUGGGGCACAAGCCAGGGCAAGGUGUAUGGAAGUCCUGGGCUUCUUCCAUGACAAGACCUGGCUGAUGUGGUCCAAAGGAAAGCAGAGCAAGAUGUUUGGAAACAGCUUGGCUGCAAGAGUUGCCAGAAGGAGCCAUACAACGCACCAUCCAACCGUCUUAGGGACUCCACUUUGAAUUUGUGUGGGGUUACUCCUUAGCUGCUUCUCCUCCUGAAUAUAUCCUGCAAGGCAGCAGGGGUUUAGGAUCAGAGUUUUCCUUCUCCUAGAUGGGCUGCCUUCCCAGGCUGACAAGUCCCAUCUGCCCCUCAGGGAAAUCAUAGAGGUGCAUCGAAUGAUGUGCAGGAAUUGGACAGAGAGAGGUUUCUCUCUCUCUUUCUUUCUCUUUCAUAUAAUGCUAGAACUCAUGGUCACCCAGUGAAUUCAGUAUAAGACAUUGUCUUAGGUCCUUUGGAAAGGGCUGUAGCCCUGUGGUAGGAAAUCCUUUUUGCACGCUGGCAGUUCCAGGUUCAGCCCCUUGCCCAAAACCCUGGACAGCUGCUGCCAGUCAGUGUAGACCAGGGCUCAGCAAACUUUUUCAGCAGGGGGCUGGUCCACUGUCCCUCAGACCUUGUGAGGGGCCGGACUAUUUUUUUUUUGGGGGGGGGAAUAAAUGAAUUCCUAUGCCCCACAAAUAACCCAGAGAUGCAAUUUAAAUAAAAGCACACAUUCUACUUAUGUAAAAACACCAGGCCCCACAAAUAACCCAGAGAUGCAUUUUUAAAUAAAAGCACACAUUCUACUCAUGUAAAAACACCAGCCAGGCCCCACAAAUAACCCAGAGAUGAAUUUUAAAUAAAAGCAUUGUAAAAACAUGCUGAUUCCCGAACUGUCCGCGGGCCAGAUUUAGAAGGCGAUUGGGCCGGAUCCGGCCCCUGGGCCUGUGUUUGCCUACCCAUGGUGUAGACAGUCCCGAGCGAGAGGGACCAAGGAUCUGACUCGGUUUAAGGUAGCUUUCUACAUUUCCACGGCCUCAAUCUCCCGCACCCCCUUUUCCAGAUCAAGGAGCUGGAAACAGAGCUGGACUCGGAGCAGAAGCGCCACGUGGAGACGAUGAAAAUCGUGCACAAGAACGAGCGUCGCCUGAAGGAGCUGGUCUUCCAAACGGAGGAGGACCAUAAGACCAACCAGCGCUUGCAAGAGCUGGUGGAGAAGCUGCAGAGCAAGAUGAAGACCUACAAGAGGCAGAUCGAAGAAGCUGUAUGUACCAGGAGUGGCUUUGAGCAUUAUUUCUCUCUUCCCCUGCCUCCUCCCUUGACAGGCACAUUGACUAGGGGGUGGGGAAUCGCAUAUAGAACUGGGGCUUCCAAACUGUGGUCCGCAGGUGGGAGGUGGCACAUCUUGUUGCAUUGAACAUUGGCACUUAUUUUUAAUUGCUCCUUUCGUUUCUUGUGUUCUGCUCUAUUGCACUGCAGUCUAAAUUCCAUGGAAUUCAAAUUGGAAUGUGAAAAAAAACAACACAUAAGGAAUAAACAAAGCCCUUUUAUUUGAGAGGGCCAUCAGGCUUGCUUAAAGGGCGCAUGAUGUGCAGAUGUGACGUCGCUGCCACUUGCCGCCAUCUUCCACCUCACUCUGCUUAACUUCAGGGAUCCCAGCAUACUCUAGGAACAAUGCAUUUUGGCUUCGGUCACAUCUACAACACACAUUUUAAAGCACAUUUAAAACACAAGUCUCCCCCCACAGAAUCCUGGGAACUGUAGAGUGCUGAGAACUGCAGCUCUGUGUGGGUGUAAACUACAGUUCCCAGGAUUCUUUGGGGGGAAGCCACAACUGUCAGGAGUUCCAGCUUGGCCCCACAACUUUGGGUGCCAGAGACCGUGGGUGCCAUGCAGCGUGCAUGGCCCUGGCACUGAAAUUUGUGGGUGCCUGGCCCCUUCAUGGGGAAUUUUGUGGGUGCUUGGGCACCCAGGGCCUCAAGGAGUUGGCACCUAGGAUGACUGUUAAAAGUGGUACAACCAGUGGAAUAUUGUUACCGAUGGAUAGCAACCCGUGAAGCACUCUGGAGUCACCCCUUGUUCCAUGUAAAGCUUUUAUUCCAGUUGCAGUCUACAUCAUCAUAAUUCACACUACAAUUCCCAUCAUCCCUGACCAUUGGUCCUGCUAGCUAGGGAUGAUGGGAGUUGUAGUCCCAAAACAGCUGGCGACCCAAGUUUGGGAAACACUGCUUUAAACCUAUUAGCCAUCUCUCCGUCGCUUGUGAGGCUGACUCACACCUCACACCUUGCGAGUCAGCAUUUCCGCUUAACACAGAGUCGAUACUCGCAACACUCCCAACAGCUACGAAUGUGAAAGUGGUAGAAAUGUGCAAAGAUAUAUGGCGUGGAUCGGAUGUGUUCCUGCUACGAGAGGUUUGGGGAAACAGUUAAACGCAGGCACGCAGGCCGAAAACUGUUUCUCAAGGCGCCCAGUACAAAACAGCCAAACUCUUUCCCCCCCACUUCAACUCUCUAUAGGAAGAACAGGCUAACCAGAGCCUGGCGAGGUACCGGAAGACUGUGCAUGAGUUGGAUGAUGCUGAAGAGAGGGCUGGGAUGGCCGAGUCGGCCCUGAACAAACUACGCACGAGGCACAGAGUCUCAGCAGGCAAAGCAUUCACCUCCGUAGAAAUAAUCCAGGUGGCCAAGUCCUCCAGCUCCUCCAAGUCAACGGCUGAGGAAUAGCUCCCGUCUCUUUGAACCUGCAGCUGGUAGGUGUGCUAUUUCUGCCCUGGUUUUUAAGUGAUCUUGGAGUGGCUCCCUUUAACCUUGGUGAAAUAUACUCAGAGUCCUGUAGUGAUUUCACGCUCUUUAUUGUGGCUUGUAAAACAGUGAUUGAAUGCCCCCCCCAAACCUCAAGCUUUUAUAAACAUUAUUUACACAACGAGUCCCAUCUGAUUGGCUGAUUCUACUUCCCUCCUGGAGCCUGAUUGGUCUUUUCCUGAAGGUCAAUCAGUUGUUGCAUUCUAUGAUCCUACCAGCCUAAUAGGCUGAUUCUGCUUCCCUCCUGGAGCCUGAUUGGUCUUUUCCCGCAAGCCAAUCAGUUGUUGCAUUCUAGGAUCCUACUUGCCUAUUGUUCUGGGAUCCAAGCUUAGUACACAACACUAGGGCUGGCUACUUUUUGGGGGUGGGGCUCAAGGUCCCUCUUGGCUAACCCUCUGUGGAAGUGGUGGGUGUGGCAGAAAUAGGUGUGACCCCCCCACACACCUUCUCUCACCCACAGUCUUACAUGGGCUUGUGUGCUCAGUUCAACUCCUUCUCAGAUGAUCUGCACAGAUCAGCUGAGCAGGAAGAGGCUUAUCUAGUCCAACAUCCUGUUCUCCCCAUGGCCAAUUGGAUGAUGAUGAUGAUUUAUUUAUUAUUAUUAUUAUUAUUAUUAUUAUUAUUAUUAUUAUUAAAUUUGUAUCCCGCCCUAUACCCGCAGGUCUCAGGGCAGCUGCAACAUCAAAUCACAAUAUAAAAACACAAAAGACAUCAUAAAAACAGAAACAGCCCAAUAAACUCCUCAACACAUUUUGAAAGGGCAUCGACUGCAUUACCCUCCAACAUUUCUCCGAUGAAAAUAGGGACGCCCCAUUCCAUAAGGAUAAUUUUACUAUUUAUACCCUACACAUCUUAUUGGGUUGCCCCAGCCACUCCGGGCAGCUUCUAACAUAUAUAAAAACACAAUAAAACAUUAAACAUUUUUAAAAAACUUCCCUAUUCAGGAUUGCCUUCAGAUGGCUCGGGGGGUCGCAUAACUCCAUACCCACCAACGUUUCUCCAAUGAACAUAGGGGCAUUCUAAGCAAAAGCAGGACUUUCCGGGAUCAAAUCAGAAACUGGGUUGAUUUCCCUAAAUCGGGGAUAUCCCUGGAAAAUAGGGACACUUGGAGGGUAUGUGACUGUCCAUGAAUCAGGAUCUUUUUCUGUACAGUGGUGCCCCGCAAGACGAAUGCCUCGCAAGACGGAAAACCCGCUAGACGAAAGGGUUUUCCGUUUUGGAGGUGCUUCGCAAAACGAAUUUCCUAUGUGCUUGCUUCGCAAGACGAAAAUGUCUUGCGAGUUCCUGCGGGUUUUUUCCUCCCCCCCCCUUUUCCCAAGCCGCUAAACCGCUUAUCAGCUGAUGGCUAAGCCGCUUAUCAGCUGAUCUUUAAGCCGCUUAACAGCUGAUGCUAAGCCGCUUAUCAGCUGAUCUUUAAGCCGCUUAACAGCUGAUGCUAAGCCGCUUAUCAGCUGAUCGUUAAGCCGCUUAUCAGCUGAUCUUUAAGCCGCUUAUCAGCUGAUCGUUAAGCCGCUUAUCAGCUGAUCUUUAAGCCGGCUAAGCCGCUAAUACUGUAGCGCUAAGCCGCUAAACCUCUAAUGGGCUUGCUUCGCAAGACGAAAAAACCCGCAAGACGAAGAGACUCGCGGAACGGAUUCUUUUCGUCUUGCGAGGCACCACUGUAUUCAUAGAUCACCAAAGAAUUGUGGAGUUGGAAGGGACCACAGGGGUCAUCUAGUUAAACCCCUUUAACUAGAUAAAUCCACUGGCUCUUGUUUGUUUGCCCCUUCCCUGUUUGCCCUUCUGCUCUCCCUCCGUAUCCUUUUGCAACUGACGUUGUCCCAACUGUGCUUAACUUUGCAGGCAGAUCGACAAAGCGUCUCCAUGCAGCUGCCUCUUGCAGGACGGCUUCCCUAGAGAGGACUGGAGCAGCUUAA